AUGCGCACGCUGUUUCACGUGCGCCUGGGGAAAUUCACCAAAUAUCGUAAAAAUCGUAGUUUAAGAGUUGCCUACCAUGAUAUUUUAACGCAAACAAAAAAAAUGGGUUUCACAACACUUCUCGUCCAACGAUGUGGACGUUGUCUUCUUCAUCGUCAAGUAAGGUUCCUCUUUUCUUCUGAUCAUGUCUUUAUUUACAGUGACACUCUUCGUCUCUUGAUGUGCAGGGUUAACUUUAUAAACCUUGCCGGCGUUAUGCAAUGCUGUUUUGUUGUUUAUGGGGUUUGAACUGUUGUCGGCGUAAAUGAAAUCCUGUGGUACAACCAUUUCGUGUUAAUGUAAUGUUGUCUUACUUUAAUUGACCGGGAUCAAAGAAAGCGUUAAAAUGGACUCUUCCAUGUUUUUUCCAAUACUUUGACAGGGAACGGUAACCUAAUAUUCAUCCACACUUUAACUUGAUGUCAGACAACGCAGAGGUAUUUUGCAGAACGAUGAACGGCUGCCGAACGCCAAGUGACGCCGAAAUUUACUGAUUAGGGGCAAGGAAACUAAGUGAAUAAAUAAGGAUCAUUUUAUGCAGGUCGAACUGAACUUUACCUUGAUUCACUCAGUUUCCUAACCCUAAUCACUAAACUUAAGAAACAUUCAAAAGGCUUUUGGUAGCCAUGCAGUGUCCUGAAAAGUAAGCUGCUGGUCAGACAUAUAGUGAAGAUAUUGCUGGUUUGCUGGUCCCAUGCAACAGCUAUUUAAUGGUUGACUUGGACAAAAGCGUUUCCCUCCACUGGGAACUGAACUCGAGUGGUUCCAAACGCAAAGUAUCUUCGCAAAUUCGCAAAAAUGUUUUUACAGCUUUGGAUGGUGAUAGGGUGAGAGAGGAUGAACUUGUCCUUCCCUAAAAAUGUCUAAGGUUAUAAAUUUGCCAUUUUGUGGAGCCAUUUUCUUCUUAAUUUUUUUACAUAUAUAGUCCCUUAACUCAUGCAGUCUAAACUAUAGUCUUGAAUGAUGAUUUCUUACCAAAACUCUAUGAGUUCAACUGACUGCCUGGUAUCAAGAACCCUUCCUGGAUACCCAGCUACUUAAUUUUAAAAGAAUUCUUUAACAGAAAGGGCCUUUAAAAGUGUGUAUCCUUAAUUUCAUCAGGCACAUGUUGUGACAAGACGUCUGUUAUCAUCAGGAGCUUCUGUAAGUUUCUCUGAGAUUUUUUACAAAUAACCAGUAGGUUGGUAAUAAUGCUAGAUGUAGGAUGCUUUCAACACUGCUGAUCCUAGAAUGUGAGACCAGAAUAAAAAAUGGUGUUAAUCUUCAUUAGUCUUUCCCUACACAGUUUUCAGACUCUGUGGUGACAGAGUCUGAAAACUAAUGUACUCGCUACUUCAUGAAAAAAAAAAUGUCCCACGAUAAGGGAUGAGGGGAAUGCAAUUAUUGCACAUUGUGGAGCUGAAGAUUUACAAGUUUGGUGAAAAUCUGUGGUACAUGUACAUGUAGAUGGUCCUGACUGCAUUAUGGCAAUAAAUUAAUUAUUUGACAGUUUGAUGUGACUUCAUGAUACCACAAAGUAAAGACUUCUUACCCAUGUUUGUCUUCUGUUUUUAUAACUUUGUUAAGAAAGCAUUGAAACAACAUCUAGUAGGGUAAAGGUAGUGUUUUUUUUUUCAUCCCUCCAUCCUUCUUUUAGCAUUCAUUUUUAUAGAAAAAUGUACCAGUCCUGUGUAACUUAUGGCUCUAAGUUUUUACUACAGUGUAGUUUAGGAAUAAGUAUUUUCUACUACAGAUGUAGUUCAGGUGUAGUAGGCUACUUCUGAGGUUGAGCGCCUACUGUGUAUAUUAAUUAAAUGUGUAAAUAAAUUUUUGAGAGUGUUGUCUCCCUUGACUUUCUUCUGUUAAACAGAAGGAUGUCUCAUCUAUCAGGAAUAUUGGUGUAUCUGCUCAUAUAGACUCAGGAAAAACCACUCUCACAGAACGUUUGUUGUUUUAUACUGGUCGUAUAAGUCAUAUGCAUGAGGUAAGAUACCUCGUCUAUAGCUUUGUUUAUUUUGUACUCUAACAGUGCAUUUUGUAUGUGGGAAGUACAUAUACAUGUAAGGCCGCAUUCAUUGACAUGGAGGCCCUGUUUGGGGGGAGGGGUGGUAUAUGUUGAAGAGUAGGCCAUGUCCCUCUCAGUAUUCAACCCAUCUUUAUGUUGUUUGUCGCCAUUUCGUCUCGUCUUGUGUCACUGUUUCAAGGCCAUGUUGCAUGUCAGAAUUUUACCCAGGCCUCCCUCACAAAUGCAUGUUAUAAUACACUGUAUCAUAUAUGUUGUAGUUAAUUUUUUAUUUCAGUUAAUUUUUAUUUUUCCAUGAUUGUUUUUGGGUAUGGUGAUGUAUGCUAAUGAGUUUAAAACAAAGGAAAAACAAAAAUUAACUGAAAUAAAAAAUAAACUGCAACAUAUACAAGUACGUGUAAGUCCUAAACAAUAGUGAAUUCCAUUGAAAUACUGAAUCUUUGACUUUCAAAAUUUCCAUGUCAUUUUUUAUCUAUAUUAUUGCUACUAAAGCUACAACAACUAUAAGUCACCUUUGUUAUCCAGAAUUUCAAUGACAAUUUUUAUUAAUAUUAUUGCUACUAAAGCAACAACUACAGAAGUCACCUUUGUUAUUCAAAAUGUUUAUCGAAGUAAGGAGAGCAAGAAAUUGUGGGAUGGCCUUCUGUAUUGGAAGGUUGGGAAUUUGAUUCUUUCCUAAGUGUUCAAGAAGUCAGAAUGCCCUUCCUGGGAAUCCAAAAAGUUCUUUGCCUACAAUGAUGUAUUCUUUCAUCUAACGUAUUUAAUAUGGAUUGGUGUAUUGUUACUGACUUACCUGACCCCUGACCUUGUUUUCCUGAUGUGACUAGGUGCGUGGCAAAGACAAUGUGGGAGCCACAAUGGAUUUUAUGGAACUUGAACGGCAGAGAGGGAUCACUAUUCAGGUGGGAAAUUAAUUUAAAUUACUGUAAUGCUAUGUAUAUGGUUCAGAUGUUAACAUGCAGACUGUUUGUACAUUCAUUUGAUAGGUAGAUGAUUAGACAAAAAUGGCAUUGAAGUGUGUAUCAUCUUAAUAUUAUUAGUCUUAAGCAAUAGUCAAUAAUAGUCAAUAGUCAUUAAAAGUACACUGCAUCUUACACUCUAAAUCAAUGUUUAACUUUAGUCAGCAGCUACAUAUGUAACCUGGAAAGACAUGAAUGUCAACAUCAUUGACACUCCUGGUAAGUUGUACAAGUCGCAUUACACAUACAAUAUUGUACAUAGUUCCCACGUAAAGGGGAUGGGCAGUACUCUCUUUAUUGAGCUGUUAUACUUACCAGUUUUGGGGGCACCAAAGGGUAUAAUCUGUCCAACAAAGUUUUUUAAACCAUUUGGGUCUGAAAUUGGUCCUAAAGGUUUAUUUGUUCUCCCUUAAUUUUACUGGAGUCUGAGUAUGUUUCUGUAUCAAUUUAUUUUAGUUCCUUGAGAAUGGCAGCAUAGGUCUGAAAUGGGGUAGCACUAAAUAUUCACUCAUUUGAAUGGCUACACCACAGAAUUACAUCUCCAUAACAGAUGCAAGAGUUAAAAUGACAAAUUUAUCAUCUCAUCUUAACUCUAUAGUCUUGGGUUGAAAGGAUAUAACUGCAAAAGAGGAAGUUGUCCUCUUUUGAUAUCCCUGCGUAACACUGGAUAAUCCUACAGACAGCAAAACUGCAUAGUGUGCGAAAUUUUGUAGGCUGUAACAAUGGCAAAUUAACAGCAUACAUGUUAAUGGACUUGGGCAUUACCUUUGAAAUUCUAGGGCAUGUGGAUUUUACUGUAGAGGUUGAGCGAUCGCUCAGAGUUCUUGAUGGAGCUAUUUUAGUGUUAUGUGCAGUUGGUGGAGUACAGGUUUGUUCAUCAUUUAAAGCUCUACUAACCAUUAAUGUACAUGAAACAUGUAUACACACACUGCAGAUAGUGCCUUAAUUAAUGAAUGUUGCCAGCUUUAUUAAAUUUUUUAAUGGCAUGCCUUUGCUGAGUUGCAUAUAUGUUACAGGACAUGAUCCAAUUUGAUUUUCAGGUUAAUUUUGAAUUAACCUAGGUUGAUUCUCCAUUUUCUUUGUUUCCUAGCCCCAAUUCAUGAAUAAUUAGGGCUAGGACACAAACGAAAUUGAAGUAAAAAAAAUUUAACCUGAAAUCAAAUUUGAUCUGUAACAUUUAUACAUUGUAUUGUGCAAUUCAUGCACUUCUGGGGCAGAUCAAUAUUAAUUUGAAAUCUCGGCCACAUUUUGUGAAAUUUCCGUAUACAGUGUAGAUGAAUAUUUCCAGAAAAGUAUCUCAUUCCCCUUCUGGAAUUUGCCAUGCAACUUGAAUCAAGACUCAACUCUGCUCAUGUGGAUUAAUUAUGUUGAGGGUUUUUUUUGUGUGUUUUUUAUCUUUGGUGUAAAUUUUCUUUUCUUUUGUCUUUGGGUAUAAUAAUUUAUAAUAAUGAGUUUAAAAUAAAUGAAGUCAAAUUUAAGCCAAGUAUAAUACAUGGCGAUUGUGUAAUUAUAACAAAACAAAUGUACUCUAUAAAUUUUCAACAUUAACUUUAUCUUCUUCUUUCCUUUUGAAGAUACCCUUUCCCUCAAAAUACAUUUAUGUUAUAUUAGAACUGUGAUCUUUGCUAAACUGAUAGGGAUUCUAUAUAAUUUUUGUGGACAUUUCCUGGAGCCAUUUAUUUCACAAUUUUUUUGCUUACAUUAUUUUUUGUAUCCAACAGAGUCAGACAUUAACUGUAAAUCGUCAAAUGAAGCGUUACAAUGUACCUUGUAUUGCCUUCAUCAAUAAACUGGACAGGUAAGAAAGCAUGAAGGAUGUAGCGUUAGGCUAACUAAAUAUUUUUGCCUUUUAUUUCUCCCGUAUUCUUUAUUGAAAUUAGGAUUUAAAAGAUUCGCUACGGAGACUGAGGUACUCUUACCAUGACAUGAGGUCAAAGUCACUUCUUGUGAUGUCACCACCUGGGUUGCAGUAUGGCUUUCCCGCUUGCUCUCACCUUGUUGUUUGGUAGAGGAAAGUGCCUUGAUUGCUGUACCCUUCACUAUGUGACUAUUAACUGUUAUUUUGUGGUACCACAGAAAACAAGGUUAUGGCCGGUGGGAAAGCUGCGCUUCAACUCGGGUGGUGAAGUCACUAGAUGUGAUUUUGACCUCAUGUUACCAUAGUAGCACCUCUCCGUAGCGAAUCAUAUAGUCCUUAUUAUUUUCUCCCAAUACUCAUAAAAAUUUUACAUGUACUGUAUGUGGCAUAAAUCUGUAUUUUCGGUCACAGUCAUUUUAAAGCGGUGUGCGACAAACGCAGACUGCACACUGCAGACUUGCAGACUUAGCAGGUAAACGAGGUAAAAAUUUGUGCGAAAUGCGCUAACAGAUUCCCUAUCCCUAAACUAGACUUUUAAAAGACUUAAAGGUUAGGGAUAGAAAAUCUGUUAAAGCAUUCCACAACAAUGUUUACCUCGAUUACCUGCCAGUCUGCAAGUCUGCAGUCUGCGUUUGUCCCACACCGAUUUUAAAGUACCAGAUUCAUACAUUGUAGGUUAAACAAUAUGGGACCAUGUACAUAUUUAUUAUAAGGUUUAAAUUGUAUCAUUAAAUGUAUUUUGUCCUCUUUUUCUUCUUGUGCUAGAAUGGGAGCAAACCCAUCUCGUGUCCUCAGUCAGAUCAGGUAAACCAGUGCCUAUUAGUAAUGUAUAUGGACAUAAACAGUGCUUGAAAAAAGCCUGAAUUCCAGCUUGCCUAAAGGACAAGCCUGUCUCACAUUUUGCUUGCUCAGAGUCAAUGCUCUAUUGUCUUUAAGUUGAUGACAAGGUGUAGCAAAAUAUCCUGAUUUUUCAGUGGUGAGCAAAUCUUUCGGCUUUGGCAAAUAAUUGUUCUGCGUGACACUGACAAAUCACGAUAUUUUGCGAUAACCAUGUUCAAUAAUAUUAUUGUUUUAUCAUUUGAUCACCAAGUUUGUCUUUUAAUGAAUAUCUUCGGGAAGUGAAGCAGUCUGCCAUUUUUCACGCAAGAGUGAUCGCAAGGAGGAGAAAAGUGUGGGUUCAUUUGCGCAUGAGCAUAAUAUUAUUUGCAGCCAAACACAGUUAGAUGACAUUGCACAUGAGCAGACCAUUAUUAUUUUGUAUGCAGUUAUUUGCACGUCACUUGGUGGGCUUUUGGCCAAUGAAAAGGAAGAACAAUUUGUAUUGAAUGAUAAUGAUAUUUAGUGACAAGAUAACAUGCUGGGUAGCCUGAGACAAGCAGCCGACAUUUCACAAUGGUGAGGUGUCACCACCCAGUUCUGUGUAUUGCUUCUGAUUGGUUGUGUCAUAAUAAGAAAAAUUUGAUUCAACCAAUCACAAGCACUUCCUAGAUCUGGGUAGUGACACGUCAUCAGCAUGGAGUUUUUCAGGUGUCAUUUUGCAGGAAAGCAAGUGUGGUGUGCGUGGUGAAAAUUAAUGCAGGUGCGGAUCUAGGGGGAGGGUGCAGGGGGUGCGCACCCCCCUGAGAUGACCUGCGGUUUUCCAAUAUAACUGGUACUCUGCAAAAAAACUAUGUGGUUUAUUGGUGUUGAAGUAGAGCAAGAGACGAGUGCACCCCCUCCAAAAAAAAAUCCUGGAUCUGCCCCUGUAGUGUUAGCUGUUUUAUCAGGCUAAAUGCCAGGACUCUUUAUCACUUUGUACAAUUAACUAAAAAGGAUAGAAUGCUGUGACUUUGCAGGUGCACCAUCCCUUUGCUUUCAAACUUGGCGAGUUUACAAAUAUUAUUAUUCAAGGCAUUCUUUCAAGCAGUGUCGAUGCAAUUUUUCUUAAACUACGUAGUCCAUAAUAAAAGUCGAUGAAAGCCAUGGAAAAGUCUAUAGACAAUUAAUCAACUUUUUUGUAAAUUGAAAACAUCGGUGGGUUUAUCAAUUUUAGUUAUGAACUAUUGUUUUCUUUUACUCUGACAAAAUUGGUCUCCAAUCUUCUACAUUGUAACAUCUGAGCUUCAAUUUAUUUAGAGCAAAGUUACAACACACGGCCGCCUUUGCUCAGUUGCCAAUUGGUGUAGAAUCAGAACUGAAAGGUGUUAUUGAUCUAGUGCGAUGGAAAGCUUAUUACUUUGUUGGACAUCAGGGGUGAGUUCAUGUAAAGCCAGCAAGACAAGGAUUAUUGUUUAGUUUUUUAAUCAAGCGUGAUUGUUGCAGCUUUUCCUUUUAUUAGUAGAUACUGUCUGCUAAUCCUUUUUAGUUGUCAUAAUUCCCACUAAAAACGGCUGUUUUAUUUUAUAGAUACCCAUAAUUCCCUUAGGGGGGCUUUUAAGCAAUAGAGAGGGGGGGGUUUAUUUUAGAGAGGGGGGGUAUUUUUGGAAGCAAAUAAUUUUGGAAGGGAAAAUACUUAUCAAAAGGUUUGAACUUCAAGAUAGAGUGAAGGAAAACCUCGAAAAAGACUCGUAGUAGCAUCAUUUGUAUGACGUAUCGCAAAGAUGCAGGAUGCUUGUUUCAAACACAUCUUCAGGUAAUGGCCGCCAUUGGUUUUUAGCUCACAAGUUCUACGUAAGGGGUAUUCAAUCAAUGAGUAUAGACUGGUCAGUAGGUUGUCCUACCUCUGAAUUUAGAUGUGCUUGAUAGUCCCUAAGAAUGUCUGCACAGGAGGGCUAUGUACCUAAUUCAUGUCAACCACCAAUGUUGUACAUCUUCAUGUAGGUCCCAGGUAGAGGAAGGAUUUAUUCCUGAAGAUAUGAUUGAAGAGUGCACAAAGAGAAGACAGGAACUAAUCGGUAAAACUAAAUGAUAACAAUAAUGUUAUACCUUGCCUUAUGGAUAGUGUGAUUGAUUCUUGAAUUUGAACGUUCACAUGUGUAGCCGUGCUACAACUUAGCAGGAGAAACCCUUCAAAUUUAAUUAAUUUGAUAGUGAGGUUCCAAACUUGUCAGGGUGUUCAUCAGGCAAUGGAAAUAGGAGACUUCUCCAUUUACUAUCCAGAAUUCUUUGGCUAAUGUUUGGUAGCCUGUGACUAGUUUUUAAUCAGACCUGGAGCCUUUUUCAAAAUAUUCUCCUGUAACGUUACACCUUUUUCCUGCUACUAGAAUUGAAAAUGAAAACCCUGUUUGUCCCAGGUUGAAACUCAGGUUUGCUUAGGUACAUGUGCUGGUAGUAGCUUCCACCUUUUCAGUCCGUCUCACGUUUUCUCUCAGUAGAAAAAGUCAGUGUGUGAACGAAAAAAUAGAUAAUGGUAAUGAUUAAAUUAAUAAUGGUGUAUUUUUAUAGUUUUGCAGCUGAAGUUCAAUCCUAAUCAUAAAUGAUUAAGCUACCCAAUGAAUGUUGAUGCUUUUGCUGAGUAGUAACAAUUAUUUCAGUUUGAAGGUGUCUUACCCAUAAUUAUGAUAAAAGUACUCUUUGAAUUGAUAGGAGCAUCUAGGGAAAACUCUACCCCCCCCCCACUGAAGCCUCGCCCUCGUCCCUGGAUCUGCCACCACUUUGAUCAAAAUAACUCUUUUUUAUUUCCCUAGAAACUGUCGCCGAUGUUGAUGAUGUUCUUGGUGAAAUGUUUUUGGAAGAGAUCCAGCCAACAGAAGAACAACUAAUUGUAAGUGUACAUGUACAUGUAUGUACAAUGCAAUAACAAUAUAAUUAUUUGCUUUCAAGCAGGUUGAGCCCAAUUUGUACAGAGAUGAGCAAAUUGGCCUGCUCCCAAUUCAUUAGUCUUCAUUGCUCAGUUGAUAGAGAACUGCAGCGCUACUGCAGAGGAGAAAGAUUUUCAAGAAAUUCUAAUUUUACUUUGACUAAAUCUUUAUUUUCCUUUCAUUUCCUACUAUUUAAGAAAGUGAGGGAGGCGCUUAUUCGAGUGGGGCGCUUUUUUGAUAUUACGGCCCACGAGGUGGGCGCUUAUUACGACGUGGGUGCUUAUUCGAGGAAAUACAGUAUGCAUUAUAGAGAGGAGAAGUCGUUAUGUCGAGUUGCCAUGGUAGCAAAAUUUCUGGAUGACAACAAACCAAAACGUCGCUUAAAAAAAGAAUUCGCACUGUUUCAAACUUCAUCGAUCCUAUCUAAUUUCAUUUAAUUUGUCCAAUGUUAGUCAAUUUUCUGUGUUAAAUCCGAAGGGACCGUAUCUAAGUUUAGAAAAAGAACAUUUUUGUGUUCUGCUCACCUACUCCAUAAAGCAGGCGCGUGAAAUUAGGAAGUUUCCUGUCGCAGUCGUGCAACAACGGCUAAGAAAUAUACAAAAAAGCGUGAUGCACGUGCAAAGUUGUUUUUUGCCAAUCUAAACCUAUUGUUUUCUUUUGCUGUUCGCCGUUGCCAUUGCAAAAACUCCCCAUUGUUGUGAUCCAGAAAUUUUGCUACCAUGGUAACAUGACGUCACACUUCUCCUCUCUAUUUAAGAAAAGACAAAGGGCGAUUUAUCUUGAGAACAUCACAUGACCUAAUGCCUUAGGACAAAGAAGCCUUCGAGCUAAAAGAGUCUUUUUAACAGCUCUGUGGUGAAUUGAUUUUGAUUAGGUUGCCAAUUGCCUGUAUUAGCUUGUCCAGGGUAUUCUCUUUUUUAAUGUUGUGUAUGAUUGACGUCAUUGAUGCAUUAACACUUAGGUGCAAACAUUGUAAUUAUGUGGAUUUUUUAAAACAGCUCUUUUGGUGUUUUGAUUGAUAGGCUGCCAUUCGUCGAGCCACUAUUAAGAGAGCGUUCACACCAGUGUUUGUUGGAUCAGCUCUGAAGAACAAGGGAGUACAGGUCUGUUGCGCAUGUAUUAAUUUUGUUUUCUUUCCACUCUUGACUUCAGUAUCAAAAGUAAUAAUAGAAACUAUUAGGAAGAGAUUUGCGUAGAGUUUUUUUCCCGUAUUCGAAAACAAUAGACACCCGGGAAAGCCUCAUUUAACUAUGUUUCACCAUAAAAGUUAACAUGGUUAUUUUUAUUGAAGGAGAUUAAGCCCUAUCCCGAUUGCAAAAUGGUAAAACUUCUAACAUUUGAUAACUUGCUGUCGCCACUACGACAUUCUCGCUAAAACACGUCGUAGGAUGGCGACGGCUAUCAUGUUUUCCCGCCAAAAUGAAGUUGGUUCACGUGCGAGCACCACUCAGUAUUGAGAAAAUCUGGUACUCGUACUCGUCCUCGUCUCAGAAUCUAAAGCUCUCUAUUCUGCUACUCCCACAGCCUCUUUUAGAUGGUGUCGUCGACUACUUACCAGACCCUAGUGAGGUGAAAAAUUUUGCCCUCGAUGCUGAAAAGUAAGUUCUUAACUAAGAAACAUUCUCCCUAAUGAAAUCUCAAUAAUACAAGAUAAGAAGGAUGGAAAAUACAUUGUACACCUUAUUAUUUAUUGCAAAAUAGUGGCAAAUUUAGUUAUAGUUUUGUCUUCGAGAUAAUUGGCUCUCAAUACGUCGUUUAAGACAUAGUUCUCUUAAAUUAAACAGAUGCUUUAAUGAAUUCCAUGUCCAUUUUGCUGUGCGUCUGUUCUCUAAUACCCAGUAUGUAUUCAUGGGGUGAAUGAGUGGGAGCUGUAAUAAGACGCAACCAGCGUUAUAAUCAAGUAAAUACAGCGUUCCGAUUCCGCUUACGACCUAGUGAAAACUAGAUCGUCGAAGUCGAAAGUAGCCUGAGAAAACAGCCGACAUUUGGCGACGCUACCACUGGUUUCCCCGCCAAAUGACGUCUAACGAAACGAGUGCAGAAAUUCCAUACUGAUGACGCGUCACUACCCAGCUCUGGGUGUUGCUUCUGAUUGGUUGAAUCAAAUUUCCCACGCAGCAUGAUCACUGAUGACGCGUCAUCAGUAUGGAAUUUCUGCGCUCGUUUCUCAGACGUCAUUUGGCGGGGAAAUCAGUGGUAGCGUCGCCAAAUGUCGGCUGUUUUCUCAAGCUCAGUCAAAAGAGAAAGCCGAAGAGCUAACGCAAUCACUGCUAGUAGGGACAAGCGUUGUGAUUUCUAUAUUUGGGGCUUCCUUUAUGAUUAGAUCUUAACUGACGGAUUCAAUUGAUGGAAACGUCAGGGGCACCCAAGGACUGUUUUCUGUGAAAUAUCUGUUCGAAGAAGCAAAUAUUGCCUAGACUCUUCUAUUACUUGAGGACCGCAAAAAAUUGCCAGAUGACCGUUCUUUUCAUGUACAAUUUUGAUUGAAGCUCAUGAUGAGAUGACAUCGAAUAAAUUCCCCUCGAUUUUCUGAAGUUUAAUUUUUCACAUUUCACUCCCCAAGUUAAGCUAUUCUUCGAAGGGCAAAGGAAACCUAAAAUUUUCGGAUUCAAAAGUGUGAUGGAGAGAGGAAUCAGAAAAAUUCACACCUUCGUAAUACGUUAAAUUGCAUCUAAAAUCCUCGGGAAAAUAAUGCUGAAGCCCUUGUAAUUUCGAAAGGAAUCACGUGCCCCUAGGAUGACCUGCACUGUAACAGAUACAAAUUUUAUAGCCCCGCUCGCAGUGCAUUUUUAGAGAUCUAAAAGUACUCAGAAUAGCCUCUUGAAGAAAUUCAUCAGGCUAGUGAAGUUAUUAAGUCGAUUUAAAUGUUCUUAAAACAGUCAUCGAAACUGUCAGCAUCAUUAAGACGUUAAGACUGGCUAUGUCUUAAGAACAUUUAAUUCGACUCAGAAUAGCCUGAAAAGUGUUUUCAAUGUAUGUAGGAGGAAACCGUCGUUGGGUGCCCCUGAAACGUUCUGAUUCUUGCCACUCCGAUUCCCUUGCGCGUGUGACAGUACUCCUCUUGCGACUUCGUCGCUAGUGAAACCCAGCCUUUUCAUUUUUAUAUUAGGGACUUUAAGAUCCAACGACGCGGUUUAAUAAGCAAAACAACAACUUUUCACGUGCAUCACGCUUUUUUGUACAUUUCUUUCUUGUUUUUGCACAACUACGAAGUGAAAAUCCCUCAUUUAGCGUUUUAUGGAGGACGUAAACAAGCAACGACGAAAUUUUAUUUCUCUCUCUAAACUAGGCUAUGGUCCCUUCAAAUUCCGCUUCAGGAGGGUCCGCCUACAUUUGACGAAGUAAGUGGGUAGGAAUAGUCGCUAUUGAGACUAAAGGAACGGAAAUUCACAUUUUAAGCGACGUUCUCGUUGCCGUCGGGUCGUUGGAUCUUAAAGUCCCUAUUGGUUAGUAUUCACAACAGCGCUCCCUGUACGUACAACUAAUUUAUUUUGAUUUAUAGUGCCAACGAAAAAGUUGAGCUUAACAGCAAAAUAAGUUCUGAUCACCCAUUUGUGGGUCUGGCUUUCAAACUUGAGGUGAGAUUUUUUUCGUAUUCAUCCUGUUUCAUUUAAGAGAUCAACUACUUGAGAUCGUGAGAAAUGGCUUCAAAAUUAAUACUGUGGCUACUAGCGUUCCUGUGAUAAAGGACAUGCCUUUUGAUCUGAAGAAUAUAGAAUAAGUUAUCUAUACUGAGAAGUGUAAAUGAGAAGCUGAAACCAAACUUAGAUGAAAUGUCUUGAACUAAGGAUCACAGCAAGAACUGGAUGGCUGAAACAACCCGCUUCACAAAGGCGUUACCUACAACUUCCAGAAUUUAGUGUUCAAAUUUAAAGAAUUUAGUGUUCAAAUUUAAGUAAUGCGAGCGAAAUUUAAGCGAUAUAGUCUUUACUUGUACAAGAAAACAAAAUCCUUUAUCAUUGCGGUAGUCCACGUUUUAAAGUGAGAAGCCUGUAUCCUUCUUCAAGGCUUCACUCCUUUAGAUAUGCAUCUGAACAACUUUGUGGAACGGAGUCACUGAGGACCUGAGGUCAAUGACAUUCUUUAAGGAGUUUAAUUUUCAGUGUGCGUCAAAUUUCGUUUUAGCAAGUAUAAUAAUAGGUGUACAUAAUGAUUAGUUAAUUUCUAAUUUUAAUUUCUCUCUUUCGUUUCCUCUUAUGUUUAUGUUCUAUUCUCUUUUUCCUUUCUUUUACAAUUAUUAUUAUUAUUAUUGUCAUUAUUAUUAUUAUUAUUAUUAUUAUUAUUAUUAUUUGCUCUUUCUAGGAGAUAUUAGCUUUUACAGCUACGCUGUAAAUCCGAGGUUUAAAUAAAGGUGAUGUUACGUUAUGUUGCUAUCACAGAACGCAUGGCCUCAUGUGAAGGAUCGGUUGCAGUGCAUCCGUCCCAUAACACCCCUCGUCCCGUGUCAGAGCAAAGAGAGACGCCUGGGAACGAGACACUGAGCUGUGGCGCUCGCUACCAUGGCUAAACGUGUCAGAGACUUUCCUUUUGAUUGAGUGGGAUUUCUUUUUCCUUGAAUAAUUAGUUUAUGUUUAAAAUUCUUCAUUCCCGAACAAAGAUGUUUUGGCAAAUGGUGGCGAUACGUUCAUAGUCAGAGCUCCGUUUUUUAAGCACGUUUUUUUUUCGUUCUUGUUUGACGUAUCCUUAUCUUGGUUACAGGCAGGACGAUUUGGUCAGCUAACUUACCUGAGAGUUUACCAAGGCUCUCUGAAGCGAGGAGGUUAUAUUGUGAACACAAGGACUGGAAAACGUGUCAAGGUCCCAAGAAUAGUGCGCAUGCACUCUGAUACCAUGGAGGUGUGUUAAAAUCUGUGAUACUUGUUUACAAAUUAUUGAGUGUUCCAUCGUGAAAAUAAACCAAAUUUGUGAAAACGAGGUGCUGUCCUAUCGGGAUCUAGGAUUUGAGCUGUUGUCGUCCUCAAGUCUUUUAUGUCAUGUAACUCCCCGCAUAUUGCUCACGUGUUCCUCACGUAUCCAAAAAAGAGAUGAUCACAUGACAAUGACAUGUAGUUAUUUGUCUUUUAUCAUGAAAAUGUUUGAGCUUCCGUCGCCCUCAUAUUGUCUAUGUCUAGUGACUGCUCACACAUUGCUCACGUGUUUCUCACGUGUCCAAAAGAGAUGAUCACAUGACAAUGAGUCCUUGAAAUUAGUUUUGCCUCUGACAAAUGUCUUUGUUCUUGUUUUUAAGGAUGUACAAGAGGCUAAUGCGGGCGAUAUUUGUGCCCUGUUUGGUGUCGAAUGUGCGUCUGGUGACACGUUUACUUUUGAAGGAGCUAAGCCAGUGUCCAUGGUAAGCAAUUUAUUUGUAAAUGUUGGAAACAGUUAAAAUUGAACUGAAAGCCAACGGCGAUGAUACGCCACUUGCACAUCUCCCAUAAUGCACCUUUUUUGCAUAAGCAUAGUUUUCAUUUUCUCUUGGGACGGCUGUAAUACCCAGGAGAAAUGAAAAACAAAGGUUAUGCAAAAUUUUGGGGCGCAAAUAAGGUGCAUUAUGGCAGAUGUGCAAGUGGCGUAUUGAAAACCUUACAUGAAAUGUGAAAGCUUACGCAUGACGUAUGAAAAGUCUGCGCGGGGCGUGACAAAUGUGCGAGAAGCGUGAAAAUGAGUGCAUGAACUGUGCAUGAAGCGUGGAAACAAUUUACGCAUCACGAGUUUCAUGUCACUAAUAAUACCAACCACCUGAACCGAUACACUUGUGCAUAUAACUUAUGUCAAUGUUGUUUUAUUUCUUUUAGGAGCCGAUUUUUGUUCCAGAUCCAGUUAUUUCAUUAGCGGUGGAACCCAAAAACAAGGUGACAACUUCUUUUGUUUUAUAUACAAGACGCUCUAUGAGCGUGGACUCGGGCUGCCAUGAUUGAGUCGAGUUUAGUGGUUAAUUAACGCUUUAAUACUAACAAUGUUCGGGGAAACAGCCUUCCGUUUCUUUAAACCGCUCUGCGUUUUCACAUUUUCCUAAUUUUGCGCAUUCGUAUUAUAAAAGUUAGACUUAACAAAACAACUCUCUAAGACCGACACGUUAGUCCCUGCCGUUUUGAGACCUAAGUUUCCCGUAACUACACUCUAUCAGUAAGACUAACACCUCUCUAAGACGGACAACAGACACUUUUGAAACCGUCAACGGACACUUGGGAAGUGCUUUAUGUAGUGAAAAGUACCUCAAAGCCGAAUACAUUACGCUUCUCCUACAGAUCGUAUCUCGUAUCUUGUCGACUUAAUACAGUAUCGUCAUUUCUAAACGCAGCGUGGAGAAACAAAACUACUGUCCUUUUAGCCUGUAAAACUGAUUGAGACCAUGUAGUCAACUGAGUCAGCGCUUUCAUGUGUCUGCUUUUUAGCUCAUGGAUGACGUAGCCAUUCCAUGAACUUUGAGAGGCAGUCGAAUGGCACUCGAUCACUCACUCACUCCUUAGAAGAAAGGAAGUGUUUUUGAGGAUCGCCCCGUCAAAUAGAAACGUAUUCACAUGGAUAGUCAGAGGGGCUUUUCAUGCAAUAUCAGGCACAAAACUAAAACUUAAUUUGCUUUGCGAGUUUUAAGAAACAGAAAAUUACUGCUAUUUAACAGCAUGUUGAACGCCAAAAGUUGACCCUGUCACGUUUUGUAAGCGCACGACGACAAUACGCAGGGUUCGCAAAUACGCCAAAAUUGUUCAGAUGACUCCACAGAGGUUACGGAGGGAGUCACUUCAACUCCAGAAAUUUUCGGUAACAAACAGUGAGCCACUUCGACUCCAGAAAUUUUCGGUAACAGUUUUGCCCUUACCUUUUUCGCAACAAAUAGAAUUUACGUUAAUUGUAAACGUUGUAAACCUUAAUUAAAUCAUCAAAAUUAAAGAAUUAUACUGCAAGACAAAACAGGAAUAGGGUAAAUUACGAUCAAAGUUUACUCGAUGACCGCCAUCAUGGAUUUGAGCUUUCCAGGUCAGCGGACCGCCACAGCUACUUCGUGUAUCCAUCACGAUAGUGUAUACAUGCCAAGACCACUUGUUGGAAAGUCUGAAAAUGGCUUUUUUCGUUGUGAUACUUGACUCCAAAUAUUCCAAAAUGACUCCAAAAUUUGUGAAGCAGAAGUCACAGUGACUCCACUCAUCAAUAAAAUUUGCAAACCGUGAUACGUUUUGGAAUUUCCGGUUAGAUCAAACUACAGUAUGACCCCAAUAACUCGAACUCCCCGUUAACUCGAACUAACUCCAAUUUCCCUUGGAUUUUACCACACUUUUCAGUCAUUUUUACCCGGUUAAUUCGAACUCGGAUAACUCGAAUUCCCCGCUACCUCGAACUAAUUUUAAUCGGUGUAACAAACGGAUCACGUUUUAUCAUAAACAAAAUGCCUCAUCAUAUUACCGUUUCUUAUGAAAUACGGUAUUUUUUACUGUAUAAUACACUGAAGUGCUGAAAAAUCAGUAACUAUCAAUUUUUAACCUGUUACAUUGAACUUUGCAAUCGACCGCGAUAACUUGAACCCUCGCUAACUCAAAUGCAGUUUAGUUUCCCUUCAGAGUUCGAGUUACCAGGGUUCUACUGGUUGCGUUAUCCUUUAUUGUUGAAAAACUAAUUUGUUCACAUACAGCCCCGACAAACAAAUUGUCACGGCGAAUGUGUUCCCAUUUUGGGGGUUUUGUUAGCUAUUGAACUGUCUCAGCCAAUUCAUCCGUGAGCUGGCUCACAGGAGCCUUUGAUCUUUUUCUCAAUCGCCACCUUAGAAACGACGAGGGGACUGGGUCGAGUUAUCUUUCGCAAAGAGUUAUGGGACUGUUACUCGGGUCGGAGGAAAAAUUGGCCAAUAACUGACCGGCGUGUCUCUUGUAACGAUCACAGAAACAAUAGACCUUUUUACCUCGUAUGUUUUGUUUUCCCAUUUCAGACCACGUGAUGGUACCCCAGAGAACUGAAAUUCCCUGGAGAACAUCACGUGGUCUGAAUUGGGAAAACGAAACAUAAAACGAUAGAAACUUGAUCAGUCACAAAUUUUCUUGAUUGCCUUUCCUAAAAGUUCCUUUACGACACCUGGGGGAAUCGUGGUUGAUCUUGUCCUUUGGUUGUACGCCUUGGCAUCGGUGCUUACCCAAACAACAUGUGAAUGUCCCGAAAGCGCAGCUAUUUUCCCCAUAUGCCAGUUAUUAGAGUUAAAAUUAAACAUUUCAACAACUGCUCCGCCCGGAGGCAUGAAGAUAGGGAAGGCAUGGGCCGCUCCAUGCAUUCCAAAGAAAAUGUCUGCUGAUGAAACCAGUUCUAACUGGGUUUUCAAAUUCAGCGAGUCCAGUUGAGUUGCGACAAUGGUGAUGUUAGGAAAGUUUUCUUCCAUUUCUUUUAAAACGUCUUUUUCAUUAGCAAUUUUGCGGUCGACCGUUCCGUCCAAAUUCCUGGGGUGACUGUGGUAAUCUCUUCUAAAGUUGAGCAGGACCUUUAUUUUGUGCUCGCUGCAGUUGCGAGGCCUCGCAUGCACAGGGAUGCCAAACCGCUGCAGUACGUACUCCCUAAAUGGCUGAACGUACUUCAAAGCGUUCACGUUUCGAUCUAGCAGAGGACAGUAAGCCCGUGGGUAACGCCAUAAUAGGUUUUCGAACACAACACGGCUGGAAUUUGUAAACAGGCUAUCGUUACCGAGUUUGAUAAGCUUGGAAAAGACCACACUCCAAAAGGGGUCGAGUGAAGUGGGAGGGUGCGCGUCCAUGAGAACGAUGUUGAGGCUCUCUGGUGCUAUCCCCACAACUUGUGUCGUGAUAAAAAUAUCCAUAAGGUCAAUGACUGUCCAGUAAACAUUGGCAUAUUCGACCCUUUGAAUAGCCAAGUAAUGACCAGUGUUGAAUGAGUGAGUUGUUCCUAUUAACUGCGGUGUCCAAGGAAUGAUAACUUCCACUGCCAGCCCCCAAGAAGAUAACACGUUAUUGAUGGUCGCCUGAUAAAGCUUCUCCUUUACCUGGUUAAUAUCUCGAUCGCAAUACAAUGUAAAGAAACCUCUUUGUAGUUGGAAAAAUUCGUCUUCUUCUUGCGGGUGCUGUAGCUUGACUUGAAGAACUUUUGCAUGUCCAAGCGGUGGUCGAAUGGUAAUAUUCUUGAAAUGCAGAAUUCCCCUAUUCACUUCAGUCAUUUUCUGCAGACACGAUUCAUUCAGACCGCCCACGGAGACACGUUUUCUGGUUGUCACUGGCAUUGUUUGCUUUAUAUUUGUGCCCUGAGGUUCUUGAACAUCUCUUUCUUGCGUCCUUGACCAAGAGAGAGUUUGAAGGACAUUUGUGCCCUGAGGUUCUUGAACAUCUCUUUCUUGCGUCCUUGACCAAGAGAGAGUUUGAAGGAGAUAAAGAUUGGCUGAUAAAAUUAUGAAACCCAAAACAAGCACGACGGAUUUAGUGCGACUGAAGAGUUUUGUUGAAAUUAUAGUUGAUGUCAAACGAGCCAUAUGGCGACUUCUAUUUUUCCCUUGUGGCUUGAGCUUAAGAAGGAGAGAAAAAAAAAAGCCUCAGUAACAUGUAAGUAUGAUGAAAGAAGUUAUUCAUUAUGGUUACUGGUUUAUAGUCAGUACGAAUCAUGUCAACCGAGGUCUGUGUAAAACUACCUGCAAACGGACGCAACAACUUCCAGUAUCGUUGGGCCAACAAUGUUGGGAGUUGUGCCGUCCUUGUUGGCAGUGUUGUGCCAACGGAUGCAACAACUCCCAACAAUGUUGGGACCUGCAGUAGGGAUCCAUAUUCAUGUUUUCUUAGAGUCGUCAGCCGGGCAAGUAAGCCUGAUGGCAUACUUGCCUGUUGAAAAUUGUGUGCAACUUGAACAUUUCUGAUUAGCAUUUAUGUCCGUUAUAGUUUCUAGGAAAGGGUUGUAACUAAACUGUCAAGUACAACAUGCUACCGGCCAAGGCUAAACACAGUUUAUUUACAUUUCACAAGUUUCCAUGAUCGGUCAGUUUGCCAUGAAGGCAAGACGGUGCGCUUGCGUUUUCCGCGGUAUAUUUGCGUCACCUUUUUGGAAACGUCUUCUAAAAAACUUCACAUCUUAAAGCGUAUAAGGCACCGGCUUCUGCUUCACCCUUUUUUUUUUCGCCAAAGGCGACGAAACGCCUUCUAAAAAACGCCAGGCCUUGAUGACUGCUGUCACGAUUUCUGCGAAUGGCCCCUGAAUGCAGUACUUCACAAAAUACUGAGCCUGCGAUCAUUUCGUAGAAAAUGCUACGCCAUCAAAGAUGGCGCCCAGACUUAUUUCAUUGCAGACAAAAGCUGCUUGCUAUUCUCCAUUAUUCUCAAAGUUUUAAGUGGAUUAGAGAAGUAAUCAGAACACAGGGAAAAUGUAUAAAAUCAUAUAAGAAUUUUUGAAUAGAUUUUGUGGUUGAGCAAAACCUCACUCGUCUGAAGAAGUUAUGAAGUUAUGAAGUUAUCUUAAUCGUCCGUACGAGAUUGUAGUCGUCUGGGACGACUGGACGACUGGAAUCCCUGUGCAGUACACCGUGGGAAAGAUACAACCCAUAAACUCCAAGAAUACCAUGUGUAGUGCGCGUGCGUGGCCCAACAAUGUUAAAAGAGAAGCACAAACGAAUCCAACAUUGUUACGCUUGUAUCACAUGCUUCGUUGCACCAACAUGUUAUUACCAUAUUAUUGCACGGACCUUUGUAUACUUUACACCUUUGCACACCUUCUACAUAUUUAGUGAUUGCAACGCAUUAAAUAUUCAGUUUAGGACAUGUAACAGAGACGUUAACAUGGUGUCAGCGGUGGGAUUUUUUUCUCCUCCCUCACAGCAUUUAGAUGGCUUAACGAUUUAAAUCUAUUGGCAACCAUGGCUUUAAACACUCCUUUAUUCAGAUUUUAUAACAACGGGAGAUUACAAACACGACAUUGAGGUAUUCAUCGAAGAUCUGACGGAACACUGCACCAUGCAAAACUGGUUCGAUCCGUCGAAGGAGUCAGAGGCUGCAAAAUGGAAAAACCAGAGAAAGCGAUGGCAUGUCUUCGGGCGUCACUAUCCCCUGCGAGCAGAGCGGUCUACAAAUACAGUUUAGGGCUUUUAGCAGAAGAUCUGGCGAAACCACACUUGGUUAUUAAUGCCCUAAGAGAAUAUUAUGGCGCAAGCAUCGGGGUCUCCGGUGAAAGAUAGAAGUUUCUUCGCCUGCUGCAAAAUGAAGACGAAUCGAUCGGUUCUUAGGAAACCCGUAUACGAAAUCAAGCUUCACAGUGCGAAUAUGAAAAUUUCGCGGACGAGUUUAUGCGAGACUCAGUUUAUCGCCGGCUUAACGUCUGAAACCUUACGUGUAAAACUAAUCGGUAAAGGCCACAGAUACCGAGGUGCCGCACAAACCAAGGUCAAGUUGCGGGAAGUUGUUGAAAUCGCAAAAAGCUUUGAGGCGACUACUUCUGCGAAUCAGUUAACGAGAACCGCUUGAAGCACCCAGAAGGAGCAAGUAAAUGUCACGAACAAAUCCACACGUGAGAAUCAGACUUCUGCUCCACCAACGCCACUGUGUUUUUGGUGUCGCGGCAGCCAUGCAAGUCCUCGUCAACAUCAUUGCCCUGCGUUUGGCAAGAGAUGCAAUAAGUGUGGAAUCGUUGGUCAUUUCGCUCGUGCAUGUAAAGGAGGAACAGGAAAGCAAGUAGGCGACAGGCAACAGUCAAAUUUCGUUGAUGAUGACGCAGAUGAGGAGGCAGAAUGCAAAGUAGCAGAAUGCAAAGCAACACGUAGGCCUGCAAAGAAGUUCUUCGCUCAUUUACACCUUGUUCACGACGGGAAAUCGAAAAUUGUGAGAGCACAAAUCGACUCAGCUUCAACUUGCAACACCAUGCCCAGAGAUUUAUUAAGCCAGUUACAGUUGACUGUAUUCCCUAAUUUAAAGGUGUCAAAGACCAAAAGCAGAAUCAGCCCAUGUGGAAGCCAAACAAUGCGACCAAAAGGUCAAGUGACCCUUGUUUGCUACAGAAAAGGCAGACUAGGCAGACUACAGACAAUAGAUUUUCUUGUGGUGGAUGUCCCGGGCAACAAACCACCACUUCUUAGCGGAAAGGAUGCGCAGGCUCUGGACUAUUCGAAGAUUUAUGCAGACGAAACAAACGCAGUUGACGACGAGAUUCUGCAAACUCCGCAAACACUUCUGUUACACCUGUAUAUGCCCCAAAACGCCGAGUGCCCGUGGAAAAUUUAGACCGGUUAAAUGAAGAGUCGAAAAGGCUUUCUGAAGAAGGGAUUAUUAGGCCUGUUACCCAACCUACAGAUUGGCUGUUUAACAUGCUGCUUAAAGAAAAACCAAACGACAAACUUCGCAUCUGUUUUGACCCAAGCCAGAGCAUAAACAAGACCAUUAAGAGACCCAAAUACACGAUACCAACCAUCGAAGAGAAGCCUCCUUUACUAACAAAAGCCAAAGUCUUCCCCAUUGUUGAUGUAUCUCAAGCAUUCCACACCAUUGUACUGGAUGAAAAGUCCUCUCCACUCACGACGUUUCAGGGGCCAAACGGUCGCCAUUGCUAUAACCGCAUGCCGUUCGGUAUUGCUUCUGGUCCGGAGGAAUACCAGCGGCGACAGCGUGAAUUCUUUAACGGUCUACGCGGUGUAAUUAACAUCGCCGAUGAUAUUUGCGUGUAUGGGUGUGGCGAAACAAAUGAAGACGCUGACAUCGACCACCACCGAAACUUGGCGCAGCUCUUGGAGAAGUGUGCUGAACACGAUCUAUGGCUCUCUGCAAAUAAAACUUCAAUUCAAAUCCCCAUCUAUCACAUUCAUGGGGCACAAAGCUUACCCAUAAAAGGAUGGAGCCCGAUCCUGCUAAAGUAGCCGCCAUCAGAGAAAUGCCAGUUCCAGCCGACAAAGCUGAAGUGCAACGCUUCCUAGGAAUGUGCCAAUACCUGUCCAAAUUCUGUCACAACCUGUGCGAACAGUCUUGCCAUUGAGGAGCCUUACCAAAGAUGACUCUGUAUUUCUAUGGUCUGAAAGUCACGAAACAGCGUUUAACUCAGCUAAACGUCUUAUAGCCUCAACAACCGCGCUGCGCUAUUAUGACCCACACUUCCCAGUGACACUUCAGGUAGAUUCAUCUAACUAUGCAAUAGGUAGGGUUUUACUACAAGAGGGGCACCCUGUCUGUUUCACUUCACACACCCUCAGCAACACAGAAAGAAACUAUGAUGAAAUCGAGAAAGAGUGUCUUGCGAUCGUAUCCUGCAUGGAUAAAUGGCAUUACUACUUGCACGGCAAACAUGACAUCACAGUCCACUGAGACCACCAACCCCACGAGACAAUCUUUGAGAAACCCUUGAGUAGACCCCCCCGCAGAUUGCAAAGAAUGAUGUUGAAGUUGUAGAAAUAUUAGUUCACUGUUCGUUAUAAGAAAGGGAAAGAGCUUUUUAUAGCAGAUACACUGUCUCGCUCAGCCACCAGUGUUCAUAAUGACACAACCCCGACAGUCAUGCAAGAGUGCGAAGUGUUUCGUGUAGAACUGGCACAAAUGGAGCUGGGGGCAAAUAGAGUAACAUAUGAAACAAUGAACCAGAUCAGAGAGGAGAGUUCAAAAGAUCCUGUUCUAGCAGUAUUACAUAAAGUUGUGCUAAGUGGAUGGCCUUCAGAAAGGAAGGAAGUGCCCGAGCAAAUCAGAGUUUACUAGGAUUCAAGAGACGAGAUCACAGUGUAUGAUGGAAUCCUUUACACGUCUCAUCAAGUUAUCGUACCCACAUCCUUGCGACCUGAAAUGUUACGGAAGAUACAUAAAGCUCACCAAGGCGCACAUAGUCAUACGAGCCAUGAAAAGAAAUUUUGCCCGAUACGGAAUUCCAGACGAAUAACUGAUAACGACCAUGAAUACUCGCGUUUCGCUCGCGAGUACGGGUUUACCAGUACAAAAUCGACACCCAACCACAGCCAAGGAAAUGGGAACGCAGAAUCGAUAGUUAAGAUUGCCAAGAAUAUCUUGAAGAAAUCCCGUAACGAGGUCCUGUACUUAGCUCUCUUAGCGUACCGAAACACACCCCAACAAGGAUACAACUAUUCCCCUGCUGAGCGCUUGAUGUCACGAAAACUUCGGGACAUUAUCCCUACAUGAAGCUACCAGUCAGCUCUUCCCAAAACUAGUAUGUCCCAGGGUUGUACAAGAAAACAUUGCAGAAACAGGUCAAAGGUGCAGUACGACAAGAAGGCACUAACUCCGCUUAGAGAGUUCACAGAAGGGGAAAAAGUGUACCUCAAACCCCGCCCCACAAACAGGUCUCAACCAUGGAUCCAUGCCCACACCAAGAUCCUGCGUGGUCAAAACAGCAAUGGAACCAGUUCGCCGUAAUCAUUGCUAAAUCAGGAGAGCGAAAGCAGAGCCAGCUGAUGGAGACAGCGCAGUGAUGUACCAGCUUAAAAUCGCGUCUACGCAUUCAGAACAAGAACGGGAGAGACAACCACCAAACGCUGACUCAACAGGAGCAACAAUGCCGAGAACACCCGGAAUCGAAUCAGAAGAUACGUUGGCUGCAACAAUAGGAUGUGGACCUCGCCGAUCACGACGUGAGCGCAGACUGCCUUCAAGAUUCAGGGACUAAAAUCUUACUCGACUACUAUUCAAUACCGCCAGCUACGCAGGCUAACCACGAGCUGAAGGCCGAUAAACGGCUUAUUUUUUCAUCGGCUAGGAUUCUCAAGGGAUGCAAAAAUACAUUGAGGAAAAGUGCCACUAUUGUUUAUCUAUCUUUUGCUUUUUCACUCCAUGCUGGCGCUGGUGGCAUUCACUAGUUUCUCGUCUUUUUAAUUAUGUUAGUUUCCUAAAGUCGCAUUUCGAAUUCGUAUUCAUUUGCGGGUGCAGACAACGAGCAAGCAGUUGACAAUUUCAAUUUUCGUACCGAGGAUCUUUCGCCAAUGUAAAAAACACAAAGUGGUUAACCACAUGUCUUCAUGGAGUAAACUAGUUUGGGAUGACUGGGUUAAAGAACGGAACGCCUUACCAUGACAGCGACACUUUCGUUGUAGCUCCAAACCGUGGAAUUUUAAUGACGCUGUUCAAUUUCGAACUGCAGUCCUGGCGGUUGAAGUCGAUGAACCGUCAACUACGAAAAUCCGCGAAUGUGGCGCAAAAGAAACGUAGCUCAGUUUAAUUUUAGUAAUUGUAACGUCGUGUUUAAUAUUUCCAAUAAACAUUUGUAAAUUUGUUCUUCUUGAAAAGCUAAUUAAAAUGCGAGGGGAUUAUGUAUUAAUAUGCGAGGAAAAUAAGUCACUUAAAAAAAGAAAGGUUCAAAGGUUUGUUUAUAGUGGAAAGUGCUCUUAGCUUAUCCAGCUAGUUCACAGGCACUCCACUGAAAUACUUAGAAACAAAUAAUUUAAAUACAACAUAACAGGAUUAAAGACCUUAACUGGCAGGAGGCAACCAGUUGGCUAUUUACUUAUCCCUCUUGCAUAUUAAUACAUAAUCUCCUCGCAUUUUAGUUAGCUUUUCGUUAGCCCCGCUCUUCCCUUUAAACAAUCAAAGCCGCACCUAGCUUUUCAGACAGUUGAUUCGGGGAUGAUGUAAGGGGUUAUUUUUACAUUGGCGAGGAUUCUUCAUGGGAUACAUUGAACAAAAAUGCCUCUAUUGUUCAUCUUUCUUUUGUUUUUUCAACACUCCACGCUGGCACUGGUGGCAUUGACAAGUUUGUGGGCUUUUUAAUUAUGUUAGUUUUUCAAAGUCGCGUUUCGAAUUAGUUGUUCGUAGUGAAUGCUAGAAACAGCCUAAUGAGCCUAGCAGUGUCGAGCGAUUCAGAGUCAGAAGUAGAACCGUUUAUUAGUCAAACUUAAGCAGUUUGAGUGGCUGUACUGCAAUUGAGCUUUCGGAAAACAAUUUUGAAUCCUCAUUCAAAAAAACACAAAGAGGUCAACUGCAUGGAGUACACGAGUUUGAGAUGACUGGUUAAAGAACGGAGCGCCUAAACAUGACAGCGACACUUUCGUGGAACCGUGGAAUUUUAAAAACGCUGUUUAUUUUCGAACUGUCGUUCUGGCUGCGGAAAUCGAUGAACCACCAACUAAGAAAAUUCGUGAUUGUGGUGCAAAAGAAACGCAGCUCAGUUUAAUUUUAGUAAUUGUAACGUCAUGUUAACAUUUCCAAUGAACAUUUGUAAAUUUGUUCUUUAUGAAAAGCUAAUUAAAAUGCGAGGGGAUUAUGUAUUAUUAUGCAAGGGGAAAAGUCACUUAUCCCCCUUGCAUAUUAAUACAUAAUCCCGUCGCAUUUCAAAUAGCUGUUCAUUAGCCCCGCUCUUCCCUUUAAACUAUCAAAGCCGCACUCAGCUUUUCAGACAGUUGAUUCGGGGGUUAUGUAAUAUGUUCCCCCCGAAAAGAACAAAGGAAUCCUAGCUCAUGUAAAAAUAAGACAGGGUCAAUCACCAUUUACCUCGCAACAGUCUCUCUUUAUUGAUUUUUGAGGCCCUGCCUACACUUAUCGGAAUAUAUUUGAAUCCGCAACUUUUUCUUCCCGGAUUCAAAAAUUUCCACUUCCAAACGUAACCGUAUUCUGUAUUGAAUGGUUUCGAUUUCUAUUUUCGAUAGCGUGAUAGUGGAAACAGAGAAGUAGUAAAUAAACGAUGCAAUACAAAGCGGUAAUGGCCUGCUGUAAACUCUAACUGAAAGCAGCAAGACUUCAUGUAGCGUCCCACGCCUUCGUGGGAGGCUAGACUUCUUGCCGUGUCUUGGAGGUGAUGUUUCACGAGGCCUGUAAUAUUUUAAUUUACCAGGAACGACUCAGCUCUUCUUGCUGCCAGGCUAGGCGAAAAAUUUUCACGUAAGAAAAGAUUUUUGAGCUUUGUAUGAGUUGAAACUUAUGCAUAAAUUUUGUAUGGCGGCGAGAAAAGGCAGCAAGGCAAACAGACCAGCUGCUUAAUAUUUGACAAGUUGUGCUGCAAUCUGUGUUUUUGCCGUGAAACAGGUGAAACGUUGCAAAUUCUCUUUGCAUCAAAGCUAUUUUAACGGAAAGUUGUUGCUGUUCUUGUCGUUGGUUUUCGUUUGAGCCGGGAAAAUUGCCGAUUGUCCCGGUAGCCUGAGUUACCAGAUUCGAGAGAGCUUGUACUGAAGUACUGAACGGCAAGAAAUGUUGGAAGUGUCAUGCAACUGGAUGAUUACGAUGCGUUAUGGAAAGAAGACCAGGUUUUGCCCGUGUGAUUUCUAGAUGCAGACGUUCUUUGUUGUUGAUUGUUGUUUUCGCGGCCAUCGUCAACUAGUACUAAUAAUAAUCCCUUGGAUUUCACCCCACUUUUCUGUCAUUUUUACUCCGUUAACUCGAACUCCCCUCUAACUCGAGCUAAAUGCCUUUCCCUUUAUCAAAAAUUCACUGAAACUCGAAUUCAGGUUCUUUUAACUUCACUCGGAUGCCAUCCCAUUAGCUUUUCUUGUUGUAUUUUUCUUUUUUGUUGUAUUUUUCUUGUUGUAAUUGGUGCAACAAACGGAUCUCGUUUUAUCAUAAAAAUUGCCUUUCAUAUUACAGGUUCUUUUUGAAAUAAGUUAAAUUUUCACUGUACUAUACACUGAAGUGCUGAAAAAUCAGUAACUUUCAAUGUUUAACAUGGCAAAGUGAAUUUUUCAAUCGACCCCGAUAACUCGAACUGUUUUUCGUUUCCAUUCGGAGUUCGAGUACCGGGUUUCUACUGUACUACUGAGUCUCAAAAGUCAAACGAACAUAUAUAAGUGAAAAAAAGGAAGAAACAAUUUAAAAAAUUAAUCUAAUCGGGAUUCGGCCUUCGUUUUAAAUUAUUUCAAAACUUUUCUCUCUUAUGUUUUAGCUUUACCAUCUAGUUUGAUGCCAUUUGGCAGGCUGUUGAAUAACUUGGAGGCUGAAUCUUGAAAAGUUUCUGUUUCAAAAGGACGACCAGUUGCGGUACAGUACUUGAGCGUAGAUUCCUAGAGAUAUCACUAGCUAGAACAUAGCGCGAAAAUUGUUAUCUCACCCGCUUCGGUCCGGUUUGCUGGGAAACACUGCAGUUUCCAAACAGAAAACUCGGUGUUCCGCAGCGACUCCUGAUCCACUCCAAAGGCAAAUACACAGAAGAAGCCAACAGAUCGUUGAGAAAAAACCGUCUGAUAUUAGAACGGGAUACUACCGUAGGUGUUAAUUUGUGGAGUGCUUUUCGAUCAACACAGGGAAGAAUUUAAUUAAUCAAGCGGUUGUCAAUAACAACCAUAUUGCGACUAUAUUCACCUGCCCUCCGGCAAUAAGGCGUUUGGGAAAUACAACAUGGAAUCACAUAUGGGAUUUCAGUCAGCUAAUCGGGAGACCUUACCUCAAUGAUAAUUACAUUUCAGCGAUUUUAUCAGAUGUAAAGACAUUUUUUUGCAUACAAUUUUCCCCUGACAAGAAUAGUUACCUUAAAGCCACGUCUAAUCGAAUCCGGAUAUUUCUUAACUGAAGCCUCUUAUUAUUCGUGCACGACUGAGUCGACGUUCCGUCCCUAUGAAACCAGUGAAUCCGCUCGCAGAAACCGCAUCUUUUUGAGACCCCUCUCCAAAGUGGUUUCGAAUCCAGGUGACAAAAUAUAAGAUUUUAAAAAUUUCCGGAUUCAUGUGGAGGGGCCUAAGCUCCAGCAACAGGAACGGCAAACAGAAAAUAAAACUGUUGUGCAUUUUGUGACGUCACUGCACGACUGCUACGUGCCUAAUUUUCACAUACGUGUAUUAGCCUGCGAAAACAUCCGUUUCUCCUCGUUCUUCUUCGAUGAGGACGUUUCGCGAAACGUGCUCGGCGGCGAAGACCGAGGAGAAACGGAUGUUUUCGCAGGCUAAUACAUGUAUUAUGGAGGAAGCAAACAAGCGAGGACGAAACUUUCUUUCUUUCUCAACUUGAAUAUGGUUCUUGGGAACUCAGCUCCAGGAGAGAUCGCUUACAUUUGACAAAGUAAGCUGGAAUAAUCGCGAUGAAGAUUGAAAGAUCGUGAAUUUACUUUUAAAGGGAAAUUUUCAACGCCUUCGCUUCGCUGUUCUUAGCACAAAGGCUACCAAAGGUCUUUUGUCUUCGUUAAAAUACAACAACAAUAGAAGUGGUCCUCUUUCAAUUAGCAAGUGUGAGAGGGAAUUUAAAGCAGUGUUGUCGCUAAAACAUCAUGCCACUUCGUUAUCUUUUAUAAUCAUUUUAAAAUGUUUAUAGAAAUCGAUCCUUUUUAGAAAUUUCAGCUUUUCAAAAUGUCGUCGCUUAUGCGAGGAAACACUUUCAGUUCAGUUAAUUUCAAAUUUCAAAAACUGAUACCGUAAGGUUGACUGGUAUUCACGCUUUGGGUGGAUUACAGUGUGUGCUUCUAUAAACUUCAAUCUGUUAUCAGUGAUGAUUGCGUUUUCAUUGGAGUUUUGCAACGCUGGCUUCAAUUUAAUAAGUAAAGCCGCGUGCAAACGGACGCAACAUUUUUGGCCACACAACUCCCAAAAUUGUCGGAUGUUACAUGUUGCGUCCAUUUCACACGCUGUUGAAUGUUCUUGCGUGUUGUUUGGAGCUGUGAAACGCACCAGUGACGUAAAGCAAUGAAUACAAAGAAGCCACUGAGAAGUCAACACAAUAGAGCCAAAGAAUAUGAUAGCUAGAAAACAGAAAAACUUCGCAGGUUUUUACACCGAGGUAACCCGCAAAGUUUGAAACCAGUCAAUCUUUUAGCCCCGUGCAUACGGGCUUAACAUUGUUGAGAGUUUGCACGUAGCUUAAGACUUUCACUGCUAGAAUUACAGUAGAAUAUAAUUAUUUCUGUAUGCUAAAUUACCUUCUGUAGAGUGUUGAGUACAGUGACUUACGGGAGACCUUUUUUGAACAAUAAUCGCUACAUCCUGGUAAUAAAAUGUGAAAAACAUAACCUCCGAAGAAACCUCCUAGGUAAUAAGUCAAAAAAAAAAAAAACUCGGCCACCUUAGACGAGUGGAACGGUUAUGCAGGAAUUUUUAGCCUUUCUCGAGCUUUGUAAAUAAUUUAUAGGCAAUAUUUGCUCCUUCGAACAGUUAUUUUAUAGAGAAAAGUCGUUGGGGGUCCCGGUUUAUAUGCGUUUGGCCCUUGGGCCGCUAGGUCACUAGCACAGCAAUAUCCUUGUGACAUUCUAAUCCUGACCGUCAGGAUUAGAAUGUCACAAGGAUACUGCUGUUUUAGGUCAAAUCAUUGGUGAAGUCAUCACUUAGUACCUUCACCGAUGCACAAAAUGCUCGAGUAACCGGUUAUUGAGACGAUAUGAAACAAAUUUCGUCAUGCAGGGAGCACUCAGCACAAUAAAUGGUUUGGUCAUUUUUGUAGACGUAUCAUUAAAACUUGAAACGGUUGGCCCAACUUUUUCAUUCGCCAUCCGUUGCUAGAGACGAUAGGAAACAGUUUCAAUGCCUAGUCUUAAAUAACAAAACUGGAUCAUCAGUUUUUGGAAUUCAGUUUUUUGGGAAGACAAGUUUUAGCUUUCUAAAAAGAUAGCAAAUAUCGUGACUAUAGCUCCUUUAACAUAAGCUAAAAUACCUUCUGUCUUUUGUUGAUUACGAUGAGUAAAUAAGGGUACCUGUACAACGCUAGUCUCAAGGACGCUUGAUAUUUCAGCAGUAGGAAGCUUUCAACUGCUUCUAGCCUGCGUAGCAAGCGUUUCUGUGCGGUUCAGGAGCAAAGAGGCAAAGACCGACCAUGCGAAAAAAUGGUGCAAGUAAAAGAGCGGGGAGGGGAAGAAAGGAAGGAAACGCUUGCAGACACUUUAUAGAAUAAAUAAAACGACCUGAAACCCUUAUAUAGUGGCAAGAAGAGCUUUGAGUUGCAAAAGAAGUUAAAGAAAAUGCUCUUGCAUUGGAAGGUAAAUCUUGCCAACCGGAAUAAACAACAACCGCAGGAAGAUGCUUGUCACGUACCAUACAUGACCUCUCAAUAUUAAACAUAUAUUGUUCGACUAGCCGAGCCAGUCAGGCGCUGCGUUCGCUAGCCUGCGAAAACAUCCGUUGCUCCUCGCUCUUCGCCACACCCAGCGGCGAAGAGCGAGGAGAAACGGGUGUUUUCGCACGCUAUGCGUUCGCUGGCGAACGCAGGUUUUCAAAAUCGAGGGGUUUGUCUCCAAGCGUUUCCUUCCUUCCCCUCCCCCUCUCCCCUUUUUCAUUUUUUGGCUCUCGCUUCAUUUCUCGCGGUGUCAAAACCGAAAAUCCCGCUCCUCGGUUUUUUUUUUUUUGCUAAACGGAAACGCUUGCUACGCAGGCUAAAGCUGCUUCUCACAGUCAGUGCUAGUGCAACUCACUGGAAACUGUGAGAUAUAGUCGAAAUCUUAAUGCUUUCAUAUUGGCAGGAUCUCAGUGGUUACACUCCAAUGGCAAAAUCAGCCAUAGUAUUAAACAACGUAUUGAUCAAGAGCUUUGAUCAAGGCAGUAUAGAUACUCUACAGCAUCAAUAUGAGUAACUAUUUGUUUAGGCUAGAUUUUCAAGAUUUCACUUACCCCCAAGAAGCUAACACGUAAGCAAGUCUUGGGUUUUUUAUCUCCCAAUUAUCAUACUAACAUUGAUUUUCAUACCGCCCGGCGGAGGUAUUGCGGCUUUCUUUGUUGGUCGUAGUCACCCAGGUGAUUUAAUACCGUGUUCGACAGGCACGUCAUGUACGGGCCACUUCGUUUUCCCAUUUACUUCAUAUGUUUGCUCGUUCUUUCUUUCGGCAUUUAUCCACACCAGUAAACGGAGAGAAAUGCUUAGUUUUCAAAAGAAACUGUUCACAAGACGAACAAAUACAUAGUACAUUGUUGAGAAUAUGCGGACGAUCCCAGUCGAAUCCUAUGAGCCACUCGUAAAUCAGUUCGCUUAAUAAUUAACAAUUAGUUUAUGCGUCAGGGGCAAACAGCAUUUUUAAACGUAUUUUAGUAUUUAAACGGUAGAUAAAGGCAUAUUUUUAUUCCCUAAAAAUUUUGCAUUUGUUCGGAUUUCCUAGCUGAAAGUUUAGUGAUCCGAAAAUUAUAGGGAUCAAAACUUACCUUUUCGAAAAUUUCAUCCAGAAAAUAGGCUCCCGAAAAUUCUAGGUGACCUUUUUAAGGUAAAAUCCGUUAAAAAUAGGCAAUUAUACCAUUUUUUAAGAUGUUCGAAAAUCCUAGGAGAGGCAGGCAAGCAAGAAGUUUUACAACAAAUGUUUCGAAAAUUCUAGAUCUCAAAUCGUCUUCCGAACAGAUAUUUUUCCGAAAAUUGUCGUUGGGUGCCCCUGAUGCGUCAGUGUGCGUAUGUCGAGAUAUUGAGCACUUGGGAAGUUUGGAGAGCACUCCAAAGGCUAGAGUUACUCUCGGCAGCGCGUCGAGCUACUCCUACGCCUCUUUCGUGCUCUCCAAACUUCCCGCGUGCUCAAUAUCUGGACAUACGCACUGCUGAAGCAUGAACUAAUUGUUUUAUAACAUUAUGAAACCGAUCAAUGCAGCAGUUAACUUAAAAUUUUAUUAUUGUAGGGCGCGCUCAAAGCAGUACGCGUAAAUGUCUACGUGACUAUAUUUUUUUUCCUCACAGUUAAGCUUAUGUUUUUAUCCUGAAACUGAGAAAAAGUGUACUCUAAAAUGACUGCAAAAUCCAUAUUUAAGUGCCGGAAAACUAUUAAUUCACCGAAAAAUUGUUAUUUAGAGAAAACAACUUUUCAAAGAAUGAUUUGCACACGCCAUAGCCCGCAAAGUUCGCGGAGAUGACAACAACAACAACCCUCACCUCUUUUCCUUACUAUCGCUUAACAAAUUCAAACGUUUCCUCUUAAAUUUCCUUAUAUAACACUUGGGGCGCUUUCCAUUUACUCAAAAUUUCCGGAAUUUCCGGUUCGUCGGUAAAUGGAACACGUUUCGUCGGUUCGUCCCACUGGAAAAUUCCCAGAAAAAGUGGAAAAUCUAAAAAGGUAGUCCCGUUUUCCCGGUUGGAAUUUCCGAACGGAAUCUCGUGUUCCAUUUACGUUUCUCGUAGUUUGUACCAGUUCCAGGUCCACGGUUGGGCACCGCGACGUACCGGGGUUUACGACCAAAUGGAACAACUUUUUACCAAUCGGAAAUUCCACUUUUGCUACCACCGAAAUUUCCGGGUUUUUUUGCAAAAUGGAAAGCGCCCUUGGUAAACGCUUCAUCGUGUACUGCUGAGUUAAGGAUGCACUCAGGAGACUCAGGAUUGCCAAACUCACAACAACUCGAGGAAUUACGAAUAAUUUAUUGACGUCAUCAGCGUGCUCAAUAGGAAUAUGAACCAGGGGUCCAUGGACCCCCACUUUGGACCGGGUCCAUGGACCGCUUUCAUGGACCGGGUCCGUGGACCCCUCUGUCAUGGACCCUCUGUCAUGGACCGGGUCCAUGGACAGUUUGUUUUAGUGCAAAAGUAAGGUUAAAAAACAACAACGACAACAACAAACAAUGCUUGAUUGAUCAGUAAUGUUUAAUUGUGCUUACAUAGUGUAAAAAAAGGGGGGGUCGGUACCUCAUGCCAAAAUGCUGCUUGUUACAAUGAAUUGUUUUCUCUGAUGGGUGGAUUAUGCUUCGGAGGAAAACCUUUUGACUGAGCAAAUGUGAAUUUUUGCCGCUUAUUUCAUACUGAGAGGUCGUGACACACAGAUUGAUUUUCUACCUCUUUUAUAAUGUAAAGCUGUUCAUUGCGGCUGAUUAAAAGGGUAGAAGAAGUGGCAUGGAUUGUAGCUUAAACUGAAGCUACAUCAACUAUGGAGAAUUGCGAUGUGACUCAGUCAUGAUUGCUCUAAAAGCAAUGAAUUCUUAACUCCAGCUUGUUUUUCUAAGGGUGAUGCGAGUCUUUGUACUGGAGAGCGUAAUUCCUCUCUUGGUGAUAACUUUUGAAUUAGGUUAAUUUAGCAGUCUUGCGACUGCACAUGUGCAAGCAGAGUGUACGGCAUGUAAGCACAACUAAAUAUUUGUGAUCAAUCGUGGGCAUUGGUCGACAGUGUCUCGUCAAAUCUUUUUUGAGUGUCCAUGGACCUGGUACAAAACCUUCUUAUAAAGAUAAAAAAAAAUGUCCAUGGACCUGGUCAAUGACAGGGGGUCCAUGGAUCCGGUCGAUGAAAAUGGUCCAUGGACCCGGUCCAAAGAGGGGGUCCAUGGACCCCUGGUCCAUGUUUUGUCCUCACCCAAUAUGAAGCAUGCUCGCGCUAUUAAAUUUGAUUGGGCGAAUUUUCUAGCUAUGUUAUAAUUCAUUUUAAUUGGCCUAACAAUAGGUACAAUUUCGUUUUCUCAAUAUCCAAACACGCCAAAAGCUAGUCUAGGUGGGAAGUGACUGUACAACUCACUGCAAACUCAAAAUUUUUAAUAUUAAAUUUACAAGAAAACGCAAAUAACAAACAAACAAACAACGAGGCUAAUAUUCCUGCCAUCUUGAGCGAACAAACUAUUGCCAAAAGAAAAUGUGUUCUUGCGGGAUAACGCUAACCGGAAGGCUGGUUCACUGACUUACAUGUAUUUGGGACUCAAAGCGUUCAGUGAGUGUUGAAUUUUAACCGAUUUUUCUAGAAUUUAUGCCCGAGUUCAUCCAAGCGGUGGAUGAUCUGUUGUUGCAGGAAUCAGUGGUUGUCUUCACACUAGGCAGCUAAGUAAGACUUAAGAGCCGCUAAGUUUUACUUAACCAAAAAUUCGUGUGUGAAGGCCUAAGUAAGAUCUCACGUAACUUUGCUUUGCAUCUCAUUAAAGUCGCAAAGUUGAUACGAUUCAAGAAAGUUUCAAGCGACUUGAAAACCAUCCUUAUGGCCGACUUAGCUGACUUGCGGUUUUACGGUUUCUUGAGCUUUGAGAAAGGCGAGACAUGUCAAUCAAUCUUAAUUUUGUUGCGUGGGAAAAUAACCUGAAGUAAAAAAGAAUCGGUUGUGUGUGAAGAUUUAUUUUACUUGAAGUAAUUAAAAUUUACUUGUCUUGAAAUAUGUCUUAGCUUAUUUAGGCUCUAGUGUAAAGACUUCCAGUGUUUGUCUAAGGCUUAGUUCACGUGGCACCCAGUCUGCGUGGCACCGGUCAAAAACUUGACCGGACACUUCGUUCACCGGGAACGGUGAGGGUAAGAGACGGAAUGAGUUUGCGGAAUGGCAUGUGGCAUGGCUUGUGGAAUGGUAUAAUUAUGUGGAAUGUAAUAUAUGCAGAAUGACCCAAAGAAAUAAAUUAAACUGAAAAGAGCGUCCUUUUUUGGCGCCAAUCAAUUUGCAAACCCAGCCGCUGUUUUAAUGUUGACAUACGAUGACAAUCAAAAAGCCACGAAGGCUCAUUGUCGAUUAGCCUUUUCCGCACAGCCACAAAGAUUCUUCUUGCCUUUAUUAGUCGGGCUGCAUGACAGCACCGAUACUACAGCACGAAAGUCGGCCAUUGAAGAACAGAUGUUUUGGAAGGUCACACUCUUUUCUACUUAAUUAAUUUUUUCUGCAAAAGAUGUUUGCACGAUUAACUUUACAGUUUCCUUUUACCUAUAUUUGUAUUUGCAACCGCGUGAGAACUGUUUCUUUUUCAGACGGUGGGUUACGUGAUCGUGACAUAAUACGUGAUCGUGACAUAUAUUCGGAGAUGAAUUCAUGAGAUGAAUUUGUCAAGUAAAAGAAAGCUUCACACUUAACCUAUCUUUUUUACUUCAGGUUUACUUAAGGUGGCUCGACUGGAUUUUUUGGGGGGGAUACCUCCCAAGUUUGAGCAUUAACUACGUCGGCAUGAGUAAAGAUAUGGGAAAAAUGUUACCACACCUGUAUUAUAUAAUGAUGAAAAUUUCUUAUGAUCUGGGUUUUAUUGCAAUCGGAGUCGCCAUGGCAACGUAAUGACGCCAUUACGCUUUUUAUUUAUCUUUGUGUUUCUCUGUACCAGGAGUUUUUUGAAGAAAUCGCUUAAGGGAGUAUGUACCUGCCAUAAUUGCCUCCAUUAUGGCAAAGUUUCAACAAAUUCUAUGAGAGCGUUUUCGAAAUAUUUUGACACGCAGUUUUAACAAUCAUAAAAGCAGUGAAAUAGCAUGCUAUCCACACAAUUCGCUAAUAUUUUAAGAAACUGAUAAGCUUUGGAAACGCGGCUUCAUCCCAUAGUUGUUUGAUUCCAUUGAAAACUGCAUACCAAAAAAGAGGGGAAUUGCUCUGAGCGAUCGCGAGUAAGAAGAAUUUUAUUGACUUGCAUUCAGAUGCUUUUGUUACAGUUUUUGGACGUAAUUUUGUCCAUGCCUACAAAUUUCGCAUUUUCAAAUACCCGCUCGAUAAAUUUUUUUAUAAAUUCGACAACCUGGAGAUCAAUUGUCAAUAAAUAUUCUCUGCAAGUGUCAAGAACGUUGAAAACGGGGAAGGCCUUUAAAUAGGGCCUCAAAUAUAACCAAUUUUUCCCCCGAUUUUGUGUUUACAAGUGAGCGUCCUCUUCAUUCACUGGCGUUGUUUUCAAGUUUCAUAUGCACUCGCACAACUAGCAAAAGAUAUAAAUUUGCAUCAAAAAGAACUCUGGAUUACUUCCCGAAGAAAUAUCCGGAAUAUGAUAAUAAUUAGCUUGUGUCACCGAUAGCAGUGAGAGCCGAAACCAUGAACGUCACUGCUCAUCGUGUAGGAUGCAAUACUUAAUUAUCUUACUCGGGUUAUAACAUCACAGAAACUCUUACAAAGUAAUGCUCUGAUUUUAUAAUGUAUCACUAAUCUCUUUACCCGGUAAUUAGCAUAUUCCGGAGAUAUAAUCGAGGGUCCUUUUUGAUGCAAAUUUAUAUCUUUUUGGUAAAUGUGCACGUGUAUAUGAAACUUGAAAACAAUGCCAGUGAAUAAUGAGGACUCUCACUUGUAAACACAAAAUCUGGGGGAAAAAUUGGUUAUAUUUGAGGCCCUAUUUAAAAGCCUUCCCUGUUUUCAAUGUUCUUGAAACUUGCAGGGAAUAUUUAUUGCUAAUUGAUCUCCAGGUUGUCGAAUUUAUAAAAAAAUUUAUCGAGCGGUUUUUUGAAAAAUGCGAAAUCUGUAGGCAUGGACAAAAUUACGUCCAAAAACUGUAACAAAAGCAGCUGAAUGCAAGUCAAUAAAAUUCUUCUUACUCGCGAUCGCUCAGAGCAAUUCCCCUCUUUUUUGGUAUGCAGUUUUCAAUGGAAUCAAACGACUAUAGGAUGAAGCCGCGUUUCCAAAGCUUAUCAGUUUCUUAAGAUAUUAGCGAAUUGUGUGGAUAGCAUGCUAUUUCACUGCUUUUAUGAUUGUUAAAACUGCGUGUCAAAAUAUUUCGAAAACGCUCUCAUAGAAUUUGUUGAAACUUUGCCAUAAUGGAGGCAAUUAUGGCAGGUACAUACUCCCUUAAGCGAUUUCUUCAAAAAAACUCCUGGUACAGAUAAAUAAAAAGCGUAAUGGCGUCAUUACGAAACACAAAGAUAAAUAAAAAGCGUAAUGGUUUUCAAGUCUCUUGAAACUUUCGUCGUUUCAACUUUCCGACUUUAAGGUCUUGUUUUUUGCCAUUUGGCAGAAAAAGAAAAUCAGAAAGUGCUUUUUAAUCCUUCUAAAAUGAGCGACUAACCAGCCAAGAUUGCAAAUAAACCCUCAUCAUUUUAAGAAAUUUUCAUCAUUAUAUAAUACAAACUUUCAGUAUGAUGGAUAAUGAUAUUUUUUCCGAUUUCCAUAUCAUUUUAUGUCAGUUUCUUUGCGUAAAUCAUGCCGACGACUUUUAGUUUGAAAUGCUCAAACGUGGGACAUCUGUAUUUCCUCCCAAAAAGAUCCAAUAAAAAAGGAGUGAAUCGAGCCACCUAUUUUCUGGACGCAAAACAUAAUUAAGUUCGAAUUUUGAAAUUAAUAAAUAAAAUCGGUUUUAAUUUGGUUUUUAGCAAGUUGAUUGAAACUUUCUUUGAAUCGUUUUUUUUCAACCUUUCCGACUUUAAUGAGAUGCAAAGUAAAGUUACUUGAGAUUUUACUUGGGCCUUCACACGUAUUUUUUGGUUAAGUAAAACUUAGCAGCUCUUAAGUCUUACUUAACAGCCUAGUGUAAAGACAAAACGAGUUGAAAGGCGAUGUUGUGCGUUUUACCACCCACGAAUCAAACUUGUCUUGCAAGUUGCGUGAAUACUGACUUCUGAUUGGAUAAAAUUACACGGGAGUUUACUCGAUACACGGGAGUUACGUCACUUGUAGCCUGCGAGUCAGCUCUCCUUUUGGCGAGCUAAUCGAGCCGCGCGAGAAAGCGCGAGGCCUCGCGCGUGCUUCUCACGCGUCUAUUUUUAACGAUAUCCCCAAAUGGAGAGGUUGCUCUCAGGCUACGUCACUUUCUGCAAAACACGUUUGCCUUGGGCCGGUAAAACGCGCAACAUGUAAAAGAUUUCGUCGCAAAACGUAGAACUACUUUCUACUUUCUGCAACAAAUUUUCGCAACCUGCAGCAACCUGAUUUGUGGCAAGUAAACGUAGUAAAACGCGCAACUUCACCUCUCAACUGGUUAUGCAGCAAUGUUGCAGAACAAGUUGCUCGUUUUUGUUUCCCGUUCUACCGUACCUUAAGAUUUUUUGGAAGAGUUUGAAAAGUUUUAACAUGUGUAUCUGUGUUUUAUUACCUCAGAAUGACCUUGCACAGUUCUCCAAAGCUAUUAAUCGCUUCACGCGAGAGGAUCCAACGUUUAGAGUAAGAUACGACGACGAAAGUAAGGAGGUGAGAGUACUAACACUUUAAUCACCAGUAUCCAGAUACAAAUUCUCCACACUAGUAUCCUUACAUUGCCUUGAAGAAUGAGUUGAGGGAACUUGAUAUAAGAGCAAAACAUUUCUCCUUUGGUUGUCAAUUUAGUAUUUCUCGUAACCUGUACUCUUGAUGAUCUGCUGAUGUUGUUAGGAGAAAAUUGAUGUUGGUCAAUCGUGGGAUUUAAAGGUUUAAGCAUCACAACCGGGAUAUUGCGCUGGCGACCAAAUUUUCAAAACGAAACGCCAAAGGUAUUAACAAAAAACGCACUUAAUUUGAGUGUCAGUGUAUUUAGUGCGAAGGUACUAAUUGACGAUACCAUUUUUACGUCUACAACUCAAGACGGGGUCGCCAUUUUACGUGGUCCUCCGAGACAAGGUCUAGCAGUUUGAAGGGCAAAGACAGAACCCUCAUUUCGUAGGAAUUUUCAAAGGGCUGCGUCGCGGCUCUCAAGUUUAUUUUCUCAAUUGUGCCAAUGGGCCAUUUCCGAGUUCCAAAAACCCUCACUUUCAAAAUGAGGCUAGGUGCACAACCUUUGCUGUGAAAAUGAGUUUUAUUUGCAUGAGAUUGAAAUAUGAUUGCCAUAUCAAAGGCUGAGCACCUACCCUCGUUUUGAAACAGAGGCCCGGGGGAACUCGGAAAUGGCCAAUUAAGCAUCCUCAUUCGCUAUGGAAUUUGAUAAAUCACUUGUGAAUGACAAAUCACCUCUUCGUGUCCUUCACGCAUUACAAUAAAAUAAAACUGACCCGCGUAUAAGAACCUAAGUAUUUCCAAGCUAGGCCAAGAUGGUUCUUAUAAAAAAGAUGGUGGUAACUGGAAAAUUAGACCACUCACGUUCUUAGACAGGUAGAUAAGGUGAUGGCCAUUGGCGGGUGUGGCCUAUUUUGGGCCUAUUUUUGUAUUGCAUGCAUAAUAUGUUAUAAAAAUCCCUUUAAUCCAAGCAUGUUAAAGCCAUUUAUAAAGUUUAUUCAAAGCUAUGCAAGUUAAACAGAACAAAAGAACAAGGAUAUUUUGAUCUAAAUGCAUGUCAAUUGUCCCAUUGCCAGGGUUUUAUCUUCAUUUUAGUAACUGGUAGAGCUUGUGCUAUUAAAUUUGAGUAUUCCGUGUUUGACUGAAUUUCUCAAAAUAAGAACCUGUCUCAAAAUUAUUGUAGCCUACAACAGGUUCUUAUGUAAAAGGGGUCUAAAUGGACAAUCUUAGCCUCACAGGUUCUUAAAAUCUAGGUUCUUUAUCGGCGGGUUUCACUGUAUGUCAAAAGUUACAAACAACAAAAAUGAACUUUGAAAAACUGUUAGGCUAGCAUGUUUCCAAAAACCGCCAUUGCAAUCCGUUUCAAUCUUCUUCAAGUUUGUCCAUCUGUGCAACCUUUUGCAUUUGCUGUGAUAUUUCUACCUUCGUUUCAUGUUUUUAGCGCUUACUUUUAUAUUUCACUCAGUUUGCAACAGGUUCCCACUGUUUGAAUUUGAUAAAUCUCAUGACACAGCUCCUUUAACUCUUUAAGCCCCAAGAUCCUCAUACGAAGUCUCCAGACUUAUCGCCAUACAUUUCUUUUAAGAAUAGUUGAUUGAAUAUUGGUCUCUCUUGGGAGCUAAAGGGUUAAGAUCCUGAGUAUUUGUUCGACCCAGGGGUUUCAAAAUGUUUUGAAUUAGGUGGCCAACUCUGGAAAAGUAGGCCGCUGUGAAAAUCGAGGUUGUUUGUCACGACCUGAUUGUUAUGACAAGAGUAGCCGGCGGAACUCCGGCGGUGGCAGGCUUGUUUUGAAACUCCUGGCACGACCCCGGUGAUCGAAUCCGCAACCGCCCUCUAUGCAUUCCAGCGCUCUACCUGCUGAGCUUGUCCUGCCGCGAUUACCUGCCAAGAGAACCUCUGCCGUUCAGUUUUGAAAAAGAUGGGUCUCUGGCAUUGAAACCGUCAGCAGUAAAAGUGAAUAUUUUUCUCUGGCUAUUUGUUCAAAGAAUUGUCUCAAUUUAUAUGCAUUUAUUUCUUCUCUACAGACUAUCAUCUCAGGAAUGGGAGAGCUUCACCUUGAGGUUUAUACAGAGGUAUGAAAGCGCAUGGUCCGGAACGCCUUUCCCGCCUUUCUCGUGAACAAAGGCAGCCGACUCGAGGCUAUGGUCGACAGAAAACAUUGUUUUUUUUUUAAUUUUUCCACUCGAGCCUCGACCUCUUGCCCACCCUCGACCUCGUGUCAUUGUGACUGCUCACUGGAAUGGACUCUAGAGUGCCGGAUUAGGGAGUGCCGGAUCAACGACCACGAAAACGGCAAAAUAGUAAUAGGUUUAGGGAACGACAACAACAACUCUGCACGCUUUUUGUAUACUUUUUUGCCAUCUUUGCUUAAGUUCCCUGUUAUGUGUUGUUGUUAUCUGUUUGACUUUUUAACACUGAUGUUUAGCAUAUUUAUUGACGUUUGGGUAAAAUUGUUUUCUGCUCUGUUUUACACAUCGCAGAGGAUGCGUACCGAGUACAACUGCCCGGUCGUCGCAGGAAAACCCAAAGUUGCUUUUAGAGAAACCAUAGGGAAGGAGGCUAGGUAUAAAUUAAAUGUUACCCCAAUGCGCCCUUUUUCAAUUAAUUGACUUACUACAUUCGUCAGUGUCCUUUAUGAGUGAUGGGGAGCUUCGGCAAAGGCGUUUUUGGGCGACACGUGUCUACCGGAAAUGAGGCUUUUUUGCUUUAUUUAGCCUUCGAGCAAGCUCUCCGGGGGCACUCUGGCCCUCACCCCCGUACCCCGGGGACCCGAGGAGAUUUUGCUCGCAGGCUAGCUUUUAGCAUGCCCUGACGCUACAAAAGGUUCAUCCUUUAUUGUCUUUACUCUUGCGGGGACGAUUUGCCCUAAAAUUUGGGCAGGGCCACGGCUAAAGAAUGCAAAAAGUCCACUUCUGGUUGACGUUUGUCGCUCAAACAUCCUUUUGCUUAAGUUCCAUUGCUACCUCUACCACUUUUAACAUUACUUAUUCAUUCCACAGUACUGGGGCAAAAAAAUUGGGCGUUAAUCCGAGAUUGUGUAACCACCUUCUGGCGACACUGCUUGUGUAUUAAAAUAUGGACAAUCUUCACUCAGUCAAGCAAAGUUAAAAUUUGAUCUUAAGCCACUGCUGUUACAUGAUAACCAUCCUCUUUAUUAUCAUGGACCUUAUGUAUGAAUAAACUGUAUUUUUAAGAGGAAUUACUACGAUUAGAAAUUGAGCAAGACGAUGCAAAAAUAGAAAACGUUUUAACGUUGAAAACAUAUUUGUUUGCUUGUUUUCAUUUUUGGGGGGUAGGGGGUGGGCGGUAGAGGGCAACUGGCUCCAUUUCCAGUUGCAACGCUUCAGCCUUUGGCGACAUGAGCAGCAAAGCGCACGACAUAGUAAAAGAUAUAUAUCUGUUUGUGUAAACUCUCCCACGAUGGUUAUCUUUUACAAUUUCGCACUCUUUGCUGCUAAUGACGUCAACGACCGACUAAUUGCCCCUGGAAACGGAUUAGGUUGCCCGUGACAACAACACAGUUGAAGCUUAGGGACUGGAGAGAGGAGUUUCUACCUUUACUUUUUGUUUAUCUUCAGGUUCGACUAUCUUCAUAAGAAACAGACCGGAGGAGCAGGCCAGUUUGGUCGAGUCAUUGGUCGGAUUGAAGUAAGUGUUACACUAUAUUGCAUUUGCUACUCACAAACCAUACUGCAGUGUGGAGAAGAAAUAUCGUGAUUUCGUCGGUUUAGCGCUGACUCGCUCAAAGAGGCUGUCCACACUUGGCGCCAGGGAACCAGUGACUGGGUACCGGCACGAAAUGUGUUGCGUUCAGCUUUUGAGUCGAUAUGUAACUGUUUCCAACUGUCCUCUAUUUCGCCCUGUCAGACGCCAUUUUGAAACACGAACUUAGCAGCGAGUACAACGCAGUGAACUGCCACAGAACCAACAAAAACAGUGUGCACACAGGGACCCGGUGCCCACUUUUGUGCCCGAGUACAAGGUGUCGACGUUGUAGACGGGCACUGAUACAGUGCCUGAAUUCUGGCGUGGGUAAUUGAAGUUGGGUAUGUUCACAUUAGUGCCCAGCGAGUACCAUACGCGGGCACCGUGCCCCGGCACCAAGUGUAAACGCUGCCUUAGGGACAUACCGUAAAAUUCGGAAAAUAAGCCCGGGGCUUAUAUGUUUCAAAGGUCCUUUUUGAGGGGCUUAUUUUUGGAGGGGCUUAUAUUCGGAGAGGCUUAUGUAGGGAGGGAAAUUUGCGUUUCAAAAUCGAUUGAGCUAGCUUGUAGUGGGAAGGAAAUUUACCAUUUUUGCUUUGUUUUACUUUGAAUUCGAGGGCAAUUUCCAAGAACAAGCCCCCCGGGGGGGCUUAUAUAUUUGGAGGGGCGAUUUAACGGAGGGUUUUUUGCAUUACGAGUUUGGGGGGCUUAUAUUUGGAGGGGCUUAUACAUAGAGGGGCUUAUUUUCGGAAUUUUACGGUAUUUGUAUAUUAUUAGCUAAGGUACCUGGACACUCCCUUGUCUUAUCAGGAUCAAAACCACGUCUUUACUGUUGACAGAUUCAUUGAACUGCCUGCAUAAUAAUUGUGACAUAAUAAUUACCUUGUAUUUGAGGCCUUGGAACUGCUAGUUUGGACAGGUUAUUCUAAGUGUAAUUCAUUGUUCAUUACAAGAAGGACUAGAAAUCCCCUUGCCAUUUAUAUUUAGAAGCGGACCAUUUAACAUUGGAGGGGUGGAGUGGUGGACAAGAUUUUUUCCCAAGCUUUCUACUGUAGUCGUUUUUUUUUACCUCUUUACUUUUGUUGUUGGUGUUGUAAAUGUAACGCCAUUCUACUUUGCGGGAUUUCUCUUUAUUUCAGUUCUGUUUGCAAGAUAGUUUCUCUGAAAUCACCCAACCUUACCCAAAUCCACCACUCAAAAGCUCAAUGGUAUGCCCCACACCGACCCAGUGCCGGAAGCAUUUGACCUUCCUUCCUCUGAUUGGCUAGAAAAUAAUUGCUGGCCAAUCAGAAUCAGAGAACUCAAAUGCCUGCUGAACUGGUUCAACGAAGUAAAGUGCCUAGAGGCUCUCCCGUUAUUCUUGUAAACUUUGCAAUGGUUUCCCCUCUUAAUAUCCCGUCUGUCCCGAUUAGCUGUUCCGUUUCUCCAAAGAGGGUUUUCAUAGUUACUUAAACAUCCCGUAAAUGAUCUAAUUGACGCCCGCUCUCAAAUAAACGCCAGUUGUCCAAUAAACACCCCCUUCCACGAUGGUAUGUUUGUAUCAGACGCCCCUCCCUAAUAAACGCCCUCUGUAUAUUAGACGCCCGCCCACCACUCCCCAUGACAAUUUCUUCAAAAUACGUACUGCAAAUUUUGAGUUCAUCUCCCGAACAGCGCGGUUUGGUAAUACGAGUAUAACCACUUCAAUCUGUCAGGAAACUCGUGUUGGUAAAGGGUAGAAAGACAAGAAACGAAAAAAGCGGGAAAAAUUGUCAGUAAAUCACUGUGAACGGCAAACCUUUAUUAACUCUUUUAUCAAGCGACUACUUGUCCCAAUAUCCUGGGUGGCCUCUUACAUGUGAAAUAUUUUCGUCUGUGUUUUUCUUCUGCGCACUUCUAGCCAAAAAUAGCCAUCUACUUCCUGGCUUUCUUAUUCGGUUUUGCCUUUUCUUCGACAGCCUUCUUUUUCUUGGAUUUUUUCUCCUUUUCGGAUUCCUCGUUCUUCCUUUUCCUUUUCUCCGUUGGUACACCCUUCUCCCUAAAACGAAGCAAUAAACAGAAUAACAAAAGUACGCAGGAGAACUGGAUGCUCGUUAAUAAAAAGAGACCUUUUAAAGAAAGGCUAUAUGUAAUGGGUGACAUAAAUAGCUUUUACGGAGACCUUUUUAAAACUUAAGUCUUGAAAGCGUUCGCACCUAUCUUCAUUGGAAGGAAUGAAAUGUAAAUUUUUAGCGGCUAAUUUUCGUCUUCCAGGAGAUGAUAGUACGAGUAAGUAUCCGGGAGCUCCCCCAAUUCUUGCUGAAAAUCUUUCGAUAACUUGCCCUGAAAAUAUUCCGUCUCCUAAUAUCCCAAUCUCAUCCCGUCCUAUCCAGUCUCCUGGUUCUCCGAGGAUGCACUUGUUUGUAAAGAGACGGCGUCCUGCGUAUGACAGAUCUCGGAAAAAAAAACUGUAACAAGCGUCGCACAGCUCAUUCAAAUACACGUGCGAUUCCUCUGUAAGGCCCAAGCUUCCCCUAUAGAGACACAUUGUUUAACGUACGGUAGAAUUCUGGAAGAUGUAUGCCGUGAAGUUGCGACGUAAGAAGCUAAUCACUUCUCUGAAUGUUCUUUUUUUUGUCGCAGCCCAUGCCGGAAGCCGCCACCGAUAUCGAAUUUCUAGAUGCUACUGUUGGAAUGAACAUCCCCAAAAACUUUAUUCCCGCCAUAGAAAAGGUACUGAUUUCUCGCCAUUUUUUUUCCUCAAAUCAGGCAUUUAAAUAAUACAGGUUACAAGCGAAGAUUUCUACUCUGCCAGGUAUGCUAAUGUUUGUUUGAUCUUGUUUCUUGAAUUUCAGGGUUUCCAAGAGAUUUGCGAACGCGGUCUCAUCACAGGACACAAAUUAGCUGGAAUUCGCUUUGUUCUCGAAGAUGGUAUGUCUCUAAGGCAGGAGCUCAUAACCCAGAGCGAGCAACUCCCAUACUAGGCCUAUGUCACGGCGUUUUUACGGACCAGUUUUUUUAGACACAUUUUACAACACUUUUUCCCCGUGAAAAUAGAAUCUCCACCAUGUCUAUGAGCGCAUUCGAAGUAUAAGAUAUCAAAAUGGAAAACUAAACGUCAUUAAAAGGAAAAAAAUAUCAUUUUCAGGUCUGUAGGUUUUGCUGACUAGCUUGUGGACUUUUAAAGGUAUUAAAAAUUCGCGCCAAAACCGUUCUAAAAAUAAACUGGUCCUUGAAAACGCCGUGACACGAGCGCAUGGAAGUUGUUUCCUCCGGAUUAUGGGCUCCUGUCUAAGGCUGUGUUUACUCUAUACCGGAUAACUUUGCGUCGACACGAAAAUGCGGCGCGAUUUCUGCAGUAACGGAGCGAAGCUGCGCUGCGCUGAUCGCUAACGUGGUGCGACACAUAUCGGAGAGGUUCUGUACCCCUUUUGGUGCAGUCGGACCAUAGCGGAAGUGAAUAAAUAGGAGCGAGGAUAGCCUGCGUAGCUAGCGGUAUUAGCGGACGAGUGCUGUAGUAUCCCGGGCAAAACAAUUUCGCCAGCUACACAGACUAGAGCGAAGACUGGAAACGAGAGAGAUAAAAAUAAAAUAUGCAGAAGUUAGAACUAGGAUUUAGGUAGCCUCCGACGCUGUAGUCUUAGGAAUUUGCACGCGUUCCUGUCCCGCGUUGAGGAGGAUUGCGUGACGAGCCCAAAGAAAGUCUGCGUGGGUGGCUAGGAUUUAGGUCGCCAAACCCUCUCGGCCAACCGCUCCGUUAUGUUGAUGUUCGAUGUGUGUGAACGACUUGUUCCAGUUCUGUGCCGAUGCCGUUGCCGUUGCCGUUCAUACCAUCCGGUAUAUCUUUUCGUGUCGGCGCCAAAACCUAUCCAGUAUAGUGUGAACAUUGCCUAACUCUCCCUCCCCCCCAGACUCACUCUCUAUUUUCAAACUCGGCCUAGGGGCCCGUUUCUCGAAAGUCCCGGUAACUUUUCGGGCCCGAAAUCAAAUUUUCAAAUCGAUAUAUAAAGAAUAAAGGCGCGGGUCCUGGCUAGCAAACUACUCCAUACUGUUUCAUUAACUGAUAGUUUUAUCAUGUUAGAUGCAAGACUAUUGAAACCUCUAUCUUGCAUGUAAACCAAAACAGCUUUACGGGCCCUUUAAUUAUCGGGACUUUCGAGAAACGAGCCCCAGACCUUCCAUAUGACCAGCGCAAAACAUACAGCUGUGUUGCAAUCUGGUCAUGAGCCACGGUAAAGCUCUAUCCCCGUCUAUGCAGUUAUAAUGAUAAUUAACUUGUGUCUUACUUGAAUGUAAUCAGGUGGUAAAACAUCUCCGUUUCCCCUUCCUCAUCUCCGUGAUCACCAUGUCCGUGUUCCUCGUGUCCGUGUGAUUCGUGCUCGUGUUCGUGAUGUCCGUGUCCCGUGACCUCCUCUCCUUCGUCGCACUCCUCUUCCGCGAAUUCCUCCGGGUCGUACUUCCAAAUUCUUGUUCCUAUUUUGCGAAACGUUUACUGGAAAGUUAACUAUUCGUCGCCGCUUAAUCAGCUUUGAAAAAAAGGCAAAACUAUUGUACUUGGAAAAUACUUGCGUUCAUCAUGAAAAAGCGGGGCGUGAUUUGGUGUCCCUGUGCACCCUCCCCAACCCCCUCCCCCCUCUCUAAUGAACCCCAACGACCAUAAUCUGCUUUCAAUCAAGCAAAUUCAAGGGAGUUUCAUUGAAAUCAGCAACAAAGAUAAAAUACGUUAAUUUUAAGAAAUUCUUGUUACCAAUGGCCUGGUUGUGUGAAGCACUAUCCAGCAGAUACGUUUUGGGGAAACCAAAUGCGUUAUCCAUUUGGUAGACGUUCAUCCGGUGGAUAACACAUAGUGUAGUUCCAGUAACUUAAGACCAGUCGGUUUUUGAUUUUGCCAUUUUAAACCUUUUGCCUCCAGUGGGAGUAAACCUUUUAACUGUGAUAGAAGUCGAGCUUCCAAUCGCUAAGUCCCGAACUCUCUCUUAGUCGAUGUAUAAUUAAUGAUAACUAAACAUUUGUAUGAGAUUUUGUUUAAAAUGGGGUGUGCAGUUGUUACCGGUUAGAUGGACUGGAUAGAGUCUUUACCCCUUCACCCUCAGGGGAAUAAAUCUUUUAACUACUAUUGAAAUUUCGAAACAAAAGUACAAAUUCAUUGAAUACUAUUACGCUGUUUUUUUCCUUUUCUUUUUUCUUUGUUUUCUCAAUUGUAUGUGCUUGCUUAUGUUUUCAUGCCAUGUUUAAAAGUUUGACAGAAAGAAAGGUUGUUACCUAAGUAACGAACAUCGCUCUUAUCUCCAAACAAUGAUUUGAGCAUCUUCUCGUCCACGAAGUUCGACCCAUGUUUGCACACCUCUACCAUAUGGCGUCCGUCAGGUUUCAGUAGCGCCUGCAUUAGGCUUGUGUACUGUUUGAGUCGUCUGGCCCCCAUAUCAUUGACUAUAGGAAUGGCAGACUGAUCCCAGAUGGCGUCGAACUGCCCUGAAACCUCCACGUUGUAAUCAAAGAUAUCACACUGAUACAGAGUAAUAUCCUUGCCCUUCGCUUCGUAUACGUUCACUUUCUUCCUUGGCGUAAAUUGUUCUGAUCGGAGAGUGCAUUCUAGCUCCGCGUUGCGGAAGAAAGCCUUGAUGUAGCGAGCGUUGAUUUCCACACCGGUGAUCGCGUGACCCUGUUCAGCUAACCACAGCAUAUCGGGAGUCUUGCCACACAUUGGCACGAAAAUGCGAAGAUUGCUUCGGCCGGCAGUCAACUGUUUGAUAUUUUUCAUCAUUAUUGGGUCGACUUUUUUCAAGUAGUCAGGGUCUUCGGACUUCUUUGUCGGGUUUUUCUGAGCACUUUGUUGCUUUACUCGCUUCUUGGGCGCCAUGUUGUUUUGAAAGCUUCCAUCAGGUUGUUUCCAGUGUCCUUUCGGCUGCCCUUCGUCAGUUGCGUGACGGAAGUGACUUCUUGUUGUGUAGUUAAGGGCGUUUAAGUCACGACGACGUCUCUGAAGAAGUUUAAAAUUCCUCCCACCUUUUCCAAAAUUAAUCCCUUUGUCAAAUUUGUCAAAUGUUGGUGAUUCUUUUGGAAUUGAAUUCUCAAGUAUUGCAUCUAAUUUGAAAACAUUGUCUUGUGUUGACGUGCAAAGUUUUGUUUGCGCUCCAUUAAUGGAUCCCUAAUAUGCUGUGAGAUGUUCAAAUGCAAACCUUAAGAUAGAAGCAACAUUCGUGAAAAUCUUAACUACAGUUUUGGCUUUUUAUUAAAGGUCAGAAAGGUUUGAAGCGACUCUAGACAACAUACCUACUUAUAAGUGUUUUUUUUUUUUGUAUUUUUCCCUUUUUAAAUUCUAAUUCAUACAAGAAAUAUAAAAGAUCUAUGAUAGAAAAUAUUUAUCAUAAAUUAUAACCCUCUAAGAUGUGGCCUUGGAGAGCGCCGUGUUCAUUCCGUUGCCCCAAGCAACGCAAGUUGCACUCUUCAAAAACAUUAAGUGAAAGUUGAUUGCAUCGUACUAUUUGGAGUUUCAAUAUUCAGAUUUCAUUUUCUUUCUGUUACGCUAAUGAGGCGAUAAAGGAGGACGAAUAAAACAUCGAUUGAAUUAAAUAGCUACGACUCAGAAGAUAUGGUAACAUGAUAAGAAAGAAUAUAUGUUUUGUUUCAAUUUUAUUCUUUUUAAAUUUUAUUUUCCGUUGUUUUGGGGUUUGGUAGUGUAUGAUAAAGAGUUUGAAACAAAGGAUUCACAAAGGCAAAUGAAAUUUAAACCAAGGAUAAAACUUAACCACAACAUAUACAUAUAUGUUUCUUCGCGUGUGCCAUAUAUCAGUAAGUCAAAACGACAUUUCGAAGAUUAGAAGAUUAGCGUAAAAAAACGUAAUUAAUCGAGUGGAGUGGUUAUGAAGCCCGUUAGACUUUGUUUUUGUGGACUUUGCACAUCGUUCAGUAACAUUCCUAUCGUUUUGAUCUCAUUAGCCAUAAAAACCGUCGCACUAAUUAUUUUGUCACAAUUUGUGCUUACAACAAUAAAACAAAGGAUGGGCACCGUCAGGAAGCUUCCAACAUAACUUACAGCAUCGUUGUUUCUAUCUUUGAUGUUUGCCCUCCUUCACAACCAGCCUCUGCUUCAAACAACGUAAAAACACAACGUUUCGACUGGUUUCGAUGACCACCAGUCGUCAUUGGCAAGCCGUGUGAUUCAGUUUCAAGUUGCGUUAAUAAUCGUCUUAUAAAGUGUUUGAACAAAGCCAGUUUUUUCUCAUCUGAACUCAAAAUGACCUUUUUUAAUAAGACAGGUCAGACUUGCCUCCACAGAUGGAGGAUAAUUGAUGUGCUAAGUAUGUAAAGAGACUCGACAAACGGAAGGAUUUAUUUUUUUCUGACGCUUAGCAGCAUCGCUUUUGUCUUUUUCCUUUUUUUGGCGGUGAAAGUGAAGUUCCUUGGAGACUCUUGUAAAAAAGACCCGAUGUCGUAUAACUAUCCCACUCAUAAGGAACAACUGCUUUAUACUGCCUGCCUGUUACUAGCCAUCAUUUUGCUCUCUAGUUUCUAUCCAGUUUUAAUUUAAUUACUGAUUACUGGAGUAUGUGCUUACACAGAUCUCGGCUUGUAAUUCCUUUAUUAAUUGAUGUAGCUGAUAAUCAAGGAUUUUUCUUGAUAAAGCACUCCCUGAGGUCACUCAACUUGAGAGGGGAGCGCUUAAGGGGUGUAUGGGUAGCGGCGCGUGCCGCCGAGGCCUUCAAACACUGAUCCUGUUUAACAAGUUAUCUCUUCAUUUCACUAUCCUGUUUAAUACAAGAUACCAUUCCUCGUUACCCGGAUUCAUUUCUUGUACUGAAUAGAGUGGCUUUUUUGUUUUGGUUGGCACUUGACAUUGAGACGGUGCACUGACAACGUUUAGACCCUGUUAUAAGGCUUCCAGUCCAGUAACAACCUGUUCAAAACGGUUAAUAGUGAAAUUGUAUGCCCUAUUUAAAACUGAAGACCUCGAAAUUAAACUAUACCCAGUUGGGCGGUACAUACCCGUUUAGGCCAAAUAAGGGGGCGCCCAUCCCCCUCCCUUAACCCCGGUUCGAGUUGCCCCUUCCUGUAUUAAUGUUAGUUACAUGUUAUGUCUUUCCCCAGGGGCUGCGCAUGGUGUUGAUUCAAGCGAACUCGUCUCCCUCCCUCUCCAUGCCCCGGUGGGAGUUACUCCUUCCUGUAUGAAUGUUACUUACGAGUUGAGCGAAGUCACCUCCACCCCGCUCCCCCCAACCGCCGGGGAGAGUUACCCUUCCUGUAUGAACGUUACUUGCGUUUUCCCAGGGGCUGCGCAUGGUGUUGAUUCAACGAACUCGUCGCCCACCCUUUCCAUGCCCCGGUGGGAGUUGCUCAUUCCUGUAUGAAUGUUACGUACGAGUUGUACGAGCUCACCUCCACCCCCCACCCCCCAGCCACCGGGGAGAGUUACCUUUCCUGUAUGAAUGUAACUUACGGAUUGUCUAUUUCCCAAGGGGCUUCGUCUUCCACCCCCAGCCCCCUGGGGGAGUUAGCCUCUCCUGUGUAAAUGUUGCUUACACUGUGUCUUUCCCUAGGGGCUGCGCACGGUGUUGAUUCAAGCGAACUCGCCUUCAGGUUGGCAGCCAUUGGAGCCAUGAGAGAAGGUAAGGAACAACAUGUUAGGUCACAGGGUCACUCUCAAUAGAAAAUCGAAGGUGGCUGUGGUUUGAUUUUGCUUCAGGCGUUUUGUGAUCCAUACAAGUGGAAAAAACGCUUAAAAAACACGAGACUCUCGAGCCGAUAGUAACAAAAUUACGAAAGUGUUCUUCAAGCCUUGUAUCGAUUGGCAGAGUGUAAAGAAAGUCAAUUUUACAGCUUGCACUUUGGGCAAGUUGUACCUAGCAUGUAAUAGCCCAAGUGAGUUAUUUUAACUAGCCCGAAAACAAUUUUUGAUGAACAGGAUUGAAUAAAGUUCUUCUUUCAUUUGAAUUCUUCCCACCCCCCCGCUAAAAAAAAGUCGUCGGGCAUUAAAAACAGAAUUCACCCGCCUUUGCUCAUCUUUUUCCAUCCGCUCUCAUCCCCAUCCCCCCCCCCCCCGCCCCCCCUCAACGCCAAAUAGUAUUUUUCACUCGUUUUGCUGCCCUCGUCGCUUACUGAUACUCGUCUUCCAGUGCUAGACACGACCUGUUGACUUCGUCCCGCGUUUAGCGACGCUAACUAAUGUCUAACUUUCUUUCAUUAGCGCUCACUUAUUCGCGUUGCCCCUCUUGGCGCCAGGUGGUGUCUGUUUUUCCUCACUGAUUAUGUAGGGCAUGCUACCCUGCGCGGAGUGAUGAAUAGUUUCCAUCAUUUUACGAUUAUUGAUUUUUGUACUCCUGCCCUCGUAGUGGCUGAAUGAUGCAUGCUUCCUUGUGUUGGGCGCUAACUAAUACGUGUUGCAGUGCGCAAGGCACCCUUCUUCUCCGUAUUUUAUGAUCUAGAUAUAUCUGGUUCGUAGCGGUUGUUGUUGUCUUUUCCUAUACUGAUUAGGUCAAAAGACCUUGAUUUUACUUGACCAUAAAUGUGGUUUAUCCUUUCUUUUCAGUUUUCACGCUGUCUUAUUCUGUGUUGCUUAUCAAAGUGUUGCAUUGUUCUGUUAACGAACUAUUGGAACAGCCCAGUGUUCAUGGUCAUUUUUUUAUUUUAUUUUUUCAGCGUUCCCUAAAGCCUCUCCUCUUAUUUUGGAGCCUGUUAUGUCAGUUGAAGUAAACAUUCCUCAAGAAUUCCAGGUAAGAUCCAGUGCCACAUCAGUUACGUAUUUCACGUUUGAGCUGGAGGAUGAAAUGUGUCACGUUUAAAAUAGAAGCUACAUUUACUCUGGUUGUAUCUUGAUUGUCUAAUACAGGGAGCGGUCAUUAGUGGGCUAAACCGCAGACACGGCAUGAUCACGGGCACAGACGCAGCCGAAGGAUACGUGACAAUCUACGCUGAGGUAAUGUUGAUGUUUUAAGUCAAGGUGAACAAAUAUUGGAGCAAAAAUUCAAUACAAAAUUUACGCUUAUAACGAUUUGUAAAAAUGAUCGCGCAUAUGAAGCUUAUGUUAUCGAACCUUUUUUAACCGAACAAGUGUUAGAAAGUCUAGGGCCAAGCCAAAUGAUGUGUUUACACUAUAUUUAAGUGACAGACAUUGAAGUGUUAACUGAUCCCUUCCAGCUUUAGCAGAACUUAUUUUUUCGUGUCGCUUUUCAGGUUCCACUCAAUGACAUGUUCGGAUAUUCCACUGAGUUGCGGUCUCAUACCCAGGUGAUUAAGUUGUAUUCAUGUAUAAUACUGUGGGGCUGUGAUUCUUUGAACGAUUACAACCAUAAGAUCACUUUUGAAAAUAUAUGUUGAAUAGCGUACGGAACGUCAAGUUUAUAAAAAUGCAAAAACUCACAAUUUUUAUCACCGCUGUUUGUGUUUUAUUUUUGAUCAAACUACGUUGGCCCAAGAACAAAAGUCUCUAUGAUUACAACCAUCGUCAUAAGUAUCAUUAUCAUCAUCAAAUUCAUUGUCAACAUUAUCAUCAUCAUCGUCGUCGUCGCCGUCCUCAUCAUCAUCGUCAUUGUUAUGACCUUGACCAUCGUUAUUAUCAUCAUUUUAGUCGCCAUCAGGAGCUCAUAACCUGAGCGUCUGUCACCAUCAGUACCAUCAUCAUCUUCAUCACCAUCAAUUUUAUCAUUAUCGUCGUCAUCACCACCAUUAGAAUGGUCAACAUCGUCGUCAUCAUCAACAUAAUCAUCAUCAUCACCAGGAGCCACAUCUUGGGCUGCCGUCACCAUCAGUACCACAAUCCAUCAUCAUAUCAUUAUCAUCAUCAGUAUCGCCAUCUUCAACAUCCGUAUCAUUUUCAUCACCACAAGCACCAUCACCAUAGCCAUUCGUAAUCCGUGUACCUUUAAUCGACAUCAUCAAUGGCUCUAAUCAUCGUGCAUCGUAUUCAGCUUGUUUGUCCAUACUUAUUCAUUCGACAUUGACUCGAUAAGUAAGCGCCCUUAAGUUGUUUUGAAUUUCCGCGAAAGCUUCUUGCAGCUUCAAAUCAAAGUCACUGUUCUUUGGUUUCCUUUUACAGGGCAAAGGAGAAUUUGCUAUGGAGUACAGUAAAUACCUGGCCGCCUCGCAACAAGUGCAAGCAGAACUGAUGGAGAAGUAUGAUUUAGAAAGACUCAAGAAAGCCAAGUCAAGAUAA